CAGCAGUGUCCCGAUGACUCACGGACCGGCAAAACGACAAAAACCGUGUUCGGUAAUCGUUUUUUUUCUGAUAUUUUAUUAUUAUGUAUUCGUAAGUUUUUAUUUGGAAAGUUUUUCCAAACAGAAAUGCAUCGAUCUUCACCGUGUUCGCGAAACUUUCGGUAUUUGUGAUAAUCGCAGCCGCGUUGUGAUUUCGUUGGGAAAACGAUUAUGGUCGAAUCGAGUAACAUCAUGUGACGAUCACGGAAAAUAUAUACACAAAAAUCACCAAGUAAGUAAUUUACUUUUGUUUUGUUUAAAAUUCAUACAUCAUAUUUCACAAAAAGUUACUUAUAAAUAGUGUCCGUUAUAAACUUAUAACAUUUUGUUUGAGCGUGACAAAUGAUACCUAAUAUUAAUACCUAAAUAAUACGAUUCAUACAAAUUAUUAAUUUAAUAAAUGUAAACUUAAAAAAAAUACGAAAAAAUAAAAAACAAACAAAUAAGCAGCAAUAUUGUAAUAUUAUUAUUGAUCAAAUUUCAAUUUGUAUUGAUUGUACGACGUUUUAGUGUAUUUACAAUACAGACGAUUUAUAGUUAACUUAGGUGUUAUAUAAACUACAGUUAUUAUAGAGGAUAGACGGAAAUGAGGAGGCUUUUGGGGAUAAGCCUCUCAUAUAUUAUAUUAUUAGCCCCCAACAUAUUUUUGUAUUAAAGUUGAAUAUUCAAAAUUGUUCAGACGUAUAUAAUAUUUCUAUCAAACUUUUUUAUUAAAAAUAGAGUAUGUAUUUUAGUUUAAGAUUCUAAACAAAGUGAGGAAUGUUUUAGUUUUACAAUGAUGUUUACUUUUUUAUUUUUUUAUGCCUACAAGAUGCUCCGAUUUUCAAGUGUAAAACUUGAAUUUUCUCUAAGGUCAAUUUUUAAUUUUCCUCAGAGUUUUCAUAAUAAAUGGGAAAAAUCGGAAAAACAUAGGAAAAAUGGGAUAAUUUACGAAAAUGAUGCUUUUAUUAUUUUCGAUUUUGAUUUUUUUUUGUUGUAAUUCUGUUAAAAAUAUUUUGUUUUGACAUUUUGACAGGAAUCUUAUAUUUGUCUUUUAUAGAUGUGGUAAAAUUUUCAAAACAUUUGAGUAAUUUUUAAGCUAUUAGACAUUUUAAUUUUACGAGUUUUUUUUAAAUAAUAUUUAUUUGAUAGGUACUCUGUGGAUAAAAUUGUUAGACCAAUCUGAAAUGCUUAAUAAUUUAAUAGAAAGUUUCUUAUAAGUUGUAUUUCGUGGUCAACAAGAAAAAGUUGAGUUUGAUGUAACACAUUUUUUUUUAUAAGAAUUUUAAUAUCAAAUUUUGACCCGUUUUUUUGUAUAAAUGGGAAUUUAAUUGUAACUAUAUUGUUUAUUUACCUUUAAUUUCAAUGGUUCAACAUGAUGAAGACAUAGACCAAAAACUAUUUUUUCUUAGCAUGUACCCACUAGUGUUGAAUGUGAAGCUAACACAGAAUCAGACUUAGUUUAACUAAUUAUUUAAUAAAAUAAAGUCCCAUGACUUACAUGUCUUAUACAAAAAUUCGCGUCCCUUCAAAAAUGUGAAUGAAUUUCCGCCUAUAUGUUUUAUAGUUUUGUAUAAUAUGUCUUCAAAUAACGUGAUGAACUGUAAUUUCAAAAGUUCCUUAAACGUCCUUAUUUAUACAUAUUAAUUAUGUUGUAAAAAAGCGCGAGGAAAACUUAUUGAAGCAUUAGUCCGAAAAAAAGUUAAAUAAAGUUUAAAUAAAGUUCGACAAAAAUCGACUAAAUACAUUUUUUUUUAAAAAUUAAAACUGAUAGUAGAUAUUAUGAAAAAAUGUCAAUUAUAUAUUUACAAAUAUUUACAUACAUAUUAUAAUUAUAAUAUUAUCAUAAACUGAGGAUCUAACCGUCCUUCCCGUGGGCGAUCUUACGUAAAAUAAUAAUAACCGUUAACAUUUAAGAAAAGUAAAAAAAAAAUCACCGACCAACGAUCAUCAAUCAUAAUGUAAAAUCCAUUAGAUAUACAUACAUUUAAAUCGUAGUAUAUUUUAUAAAAUAUAUUAUGAAAAUGGUAUUUUUUUACGAAAUUUUUAUACACGAGUAAACGACGUACGCCCACGGGCCGCGCACGUCACGCAGGUACCGAUUUGUGAGUGCAAGUAAAACAUCAUGUCAAAUGUAUAGCGGCUGGGCCCUCUUAUUUGCUAUAAUAUAUACAAGUGACUGCACGGCUGCUGACACUCGUUGCAGCAAUCGGAAUGUGAAAAUAAUUGGUCAGUUUGUUUUUAACAAAAUGUUAUUAUUAUUUUUACUAACCAUUUUUUUUUUAUUUUAUCCGCUCUGACCUCUGUUGUAAAGAUAGAACGGUAUUGUGAUGCAAGACGAGAAUCAAUGGCAUAAUCAAUGGAGGAUCUGUGUGUCGAAUCCCUUACUUUUUUUUUAUCGUAUUUCUAUAAUUUUAAAACAUGAAGUAAUUAUUUUAAUGAUUCCAGGGGAGACAUUAAGGCUCGCGUCCCUCCAAAUCCGAAUUUCUAAAAAAUUGUAUUUUAUUAAAAAAAAAAUAACAAAAAACAUAUUAUAGGUACGAUAAAUUAUUAUAAAUAAGUGCGAUUGUUUGGUGAUUAUGUCAAAAAAUAGUUUAUCAGGAGUAUUUUUCAAUAAAAUAAUUUGUAUUAAAAAUUAGCUUUUUUUUUGGGUGGAUGUGUGAGCAUCCUUUAUUGAGUUGUCUUAAUAAUUGAAUAAAACCGGGGAAAAAAACGUAGAAGUUUAUGAAAAGAAUGGUUUCAAUGUUUUCAAUUUUGUUUUUUUUUAGUUGUAAUUCAUUUUAAAAUAUUUGUCUCUACUUUAAUAAUUAUGACAGCAAAUUUAUCUUUACCUUUUCAAGAUGUGAUCAAAUUUUUAAAACAUUUUGGUGAUUUUUCAGCUAUUUAUAGGUAUUUAAUAUUUUCUAAUUUUAGAUUCUGAGCGAAGAAAGGAAUGUAUUGGUUUUAUAGUAAUGUUUAUUUUUUUUUAUCUGUAAAAAAUUUUUCUACCAGAAAUCUUACUUCAAAUUGCAAGUGUUGUACCUUUUCUGAAAGGAAAUAUUAUUUUCAUGAGAUAAAUACAUGGCAAAAAUGGGGGAAAAAAAAGAAAACCACGGACAAAUUUAAUUUAUGUAUUAUUUAUUACUUUCAAAUUGUAAAUAUCAAAACAUACAUAACUGAACUCGUAAAACAAUUUACAGAUUGUAUUAUUUUCAAUUUUGUUUUCUGUUGUCAUUCAGUUGAAAUUAUUUGUAGAUACUUAAAAUUUAAACAUACAACAUGUAUUUACUUUUCUAGUGGUAACAAAAUUUUCAAAACAUUUUAGUCAUUUUUGAACUAUUUAUAGACAUUUUAAUUUUGCGAGUUUUUCGUUCAUUCAUAUCCUUCUCUUGUUUAUCCAUAUGAUUCUUCUUUUUUCGUUGAGAGUCGUAAAUGUGUUUUUUUUUUAAAAUAAAUUUAUUGUAUUAUCUUACUUAAUUUAUUAGUACAUGCCAUUGUCAGCAGUGCGGUGCGAAUUUAAUUUUUGACUAUAAGAUUUGGCUAUCAAAAACUGAGGUCCUUCGGAAAAAAAAAUCUUGGCUACGGCACUUCUUUCUCACCUACCCACCUGAAACAAUGAUUAACCCGUGAUCAGUUAGAAUUUUUUAAAACACAUACUUCCUCAGUCCCUCCCUUUCCCCUCCUCCAAAAAUAUAUACGUGUUGUGUCACUGAUUAAAGACAAUAAUACUGUUAUAUAGGGUUAUAGAAUUUAUUUAAUGGAUUAGGAAUGUUGGCAGUGCUAAUAAAAGCCUAUUUGAUAGAUCCAGUCGUCCAGAUUACAGUGUGGCGUGGUGAGUAAAAUUUGAUAUACCUUCGAGGGCGAAUUAAAUUGUCUAAUAUCUUCUUGAGAGGACUCCCUCCACUCACCCUAAAAAAUUAGUUCUUUGUUCCGUGAAGACCUAAUUCAAUUCUACUGCAUUUUAAGUAAACCCCAAUGUUAUUAUAAUGUUAUUAAAAUGUUAUCAUAUGUAAAUACUAAAUCCAAUAAAAAAACCAUUGUACGUAUGUUAUUGGCUCAAUUUCCAUAAACGAUAUUUGAAAUUUUUGACCAUAAUUGACCGCGGGAAACAACUCAUUACAACCUACAAUAUGCUUACCACGAUCCAGAUUUUAGAGGAUGUUUAAAACGAAUAAGUUCCAAAGCCAAGGAGUUUAGACGUAUUAAUAUUUUUGUUCUCUUAACAGAGUAUUAUAAAAUAAUAUUUAUGUACAUUAAAUAUUAAUAUUUUUAAGUAAAUAUUAUUUACUUAUAAAAAAAAAUUCUAUAAAUAUUGUGUUCUUGUGACAGAUAUUAAAACUUCCUCAAUGACAUAGAUUUAAUUAUACACCACUGCGUGGGAUUAUUAAAGAAAAAAAAAGAACAUGCAUAGGUAUAUUCGAUAGACAUAAAAAUGGACAUUGGCUGCAGGUGGUGAUGGUGCGACAGGUGCAUAUUAAAAAUAUAUUAGGCAUUUGCAUAACAAUAAUAUUAUAUAUAUAGGUGUAUAGUAUUAUAUUGUGUGAGCAUUUCGGAAGAUACAUAUACUCUAGUUCGUCGUGACACUGACAGACGUUUGCGCGGUGCGCCUGAGGAACUGUAUAACAUAUCUACCUAUACGAAUUAAGAAGUAUAUAAAGUCGAAAUAAUAUUAUACGACCGUUUAAAAUAGCGUGCUUCACGAUUUUUUUAUUGUCGAGUCACGUAAUCGUUCGCAAUCGCAUUGGGCUGUGUACGACAACGCGGCGUACAACUUACAUAUUAUUUAUAUGGGGUGUCCCACGGAGAUUGACAAAUACAAUAACUUUUGUUCUUUUCAAUAUUUUGUAAUAAUUACUAGUGCUGCGCUAUGGUUCUUCUAUUUUAUAAGUUUUAACUUAGAAUACAAUAUUUAAAUUUUAAAAAACAAAUUGUUUUCAACAUCCAAGAUAGAAAUUUUAUACAUUUAUUUCGAAACAAAACUUUGGUUUUACAAAUGUUUAGUAAUGUUAAUUUUUGAAGUUUAAAAAAAAUUAUUUUUCAUGGACGAAAUUGAUGAAUCAAUUGAUAUUACAUAACUAGAAUUGACAAUUAAAUCAAUCUAAAUAAUUAAAAAAAUUAAAAAAAAAAUUGUAGGAAAUUAACGACUCACCAAUAGUAAACAUUUUGCAACACCUAAGUUUGAUUUCAAAAUAAAUGUUUAUUAAAUGGAAAUGUUUUUUUUUUUUUAAUUUUUAAAAUCAUAGUGUAAGACUCUAGUAAUUAUUAUACAAAAAAGAAAAUUAAAAAAUAUUAAACAAUACAAAAUUUAUUGUAUUUGUCCGUGGCAUAUCCUGUACGACGAGUACUUAUUUCAUUCAACAUCUAAUAUUAUUAUCGUUAAUUAUUAAAGCGGAUAAUAAAAUAUGCUUUAUCUCGUACCUAUAUAGAUAUAAUAUUUCAAUCCAAACGAUUUUUCGUUUUAGUUGUAUUUCGGCAAACGAAACCUGCAGUGGCAGUGAUAGUUUAUAAUAAAACUACUUACAGUUGUAUACAAUAUAAUAUUAAAUUGAAUACCUACGUCAUUUUAUACGUAGCACCAGCGAUACCCAUAUUCACGUACAUAUUAUACACAGAAUGGUUUUCUAAAAAUGUAUUGUCACGAACCAGCAAAUUAUCUAUUAUGUAUUCAUAGUAAUGACUAUUAUGUGAGGCGAAAUUUAUUUUUAAACCCUACCCCCACCCACAAUAUAAAUAAAUAGUAUACGACUCGACUAUGCAUAACUAUACCGAUGAUCUUUUUAGUGGGUACAUUCGUUAUCUCUUAAAGUAUUAACCUCUUUCAAAUUUCAUUUUAUAUUUUUAAAUUUAAGAAACAAGCCGCUCUAAAACGUUAAAUAGUCAUUAAUUUUGGGAAGAAGCGAUUACUUAAUUUUGAUUUUCAAAUGAUAAAUUGUAUUAAAAAUUCCAUAAAUUGAAGUAGAUAUUAUUUUAAAAACAAUUUGGUGUUGAAAUUUUUAAUUUCGGUUAACGCGUUGAUGGUAUUAAAAAUUUAAACAAUCUUUCAAAUAAUUCAGAAAUAUUUUCCAAGAUAAUGAGUGUACCCACUUAAAUUGAUUAACUCAGUAUACUUUAUCUACUUAUCCAUCUACAUGCCUGCUCACCAACCCAUCAUCCAACAAACCCAAUAAUUUUCCCUGAGACAAUCGUCUCAACAAAUGUUUUCGAGUAAAUACAUUUUCUGAAUUAAUGUAGAAAACAGGGCUGUCCCAAAGGUUUUUGGGGUCAAGGACAAAUGAAUGCGGGGUCCUUUCGACCAUCAUAAUACAUUCAUAAUGAUGAAAAAAUACUUACUGAAAUUAACAAAAUUCUUGUAAAUUUAUUUUUCCAAAACUUAAACAACUAAGCUCAUUUAAAUUCAUGUACUGCAUAAAAAAUACUAAAAAAUUCAAUUUAUCCUUAGAUAAUUAUAAAUGUUCAUGGAAAAUAGGUACUUGCAUGUUAUAAAAUAAUAAGUAGUGUACAUAAAAUAUAUCAAUUUAAUUAAUUCGUUUUAAAUAAAUUAUUAGGAAAUAAAUUUAAUGAUUUAAGACGCAAAGUUUAAAAAUAAGAACUAUUAUGUUUAUUGCUAAUUAUUUUCUUUCAAAUGAUUUAUUUUUUACACAUUAAAUGGUGAUCCUCCUUACAUACCAACUAAUAUAAUAAUUUCAAUGUAGUUAUUUUUAUUAAAUAUAAAAUACUGGGCAAUGAUAAAAAAUAAUAGUUUAUUUUUCUAAACUUAAAAAUAACACUAUUAAAAUUUACAUUUAUAAAAUAGUUAAAUACAUUAUAUUGUGCAUUUAAAAUAAUAAAUGUAUUUUUAUCAUCGAAAUAUCCUUUAACAACAGUUUAUUUUGACAAUAAUUACAAUAAAUAGAAUUAUUACCUUAUGCAGUAAACCACAGAAAUGUUGAAAAAUAUGCUUAUAAUUUAUAAAUAAUACAAUUAUAUAAAGCUCAAAAUACAGUAAAUAAAAUCUCGUAUAUUGAUUUGCAUAGGUAUAACUGUUUAAUUAUAGGUAUGAUUAAAAUUUUAACUGAUCUAACGAUUUUAAUAUUAUUUUUUAAGUAUAGGUACAUAUUAUAGACUCAAUACGCAGUUAUACUACUUUAAAAACCAAUAAAAAUAGUAAAAAUUAAUCAUUUUAAUAAAAAAAAAAAAAAUAUUUUAAUCAAUUAAUACUUACCUACUGAUAUUGAUGUUACUGGCUUACUGGUGUUACUUUUUGGUAUUUUAGUAAGUUUAGUGGGUUAUACUAUACUGUCAACUUAGUGAUACUAUGGUACAUCGUCGAGUAAUAUUUAUUAAAGCGGCUUCAGACGUGAGGCCAUGCGGGCUGUAGUCUGUAGUUAAAGUUGACUAUUCUACAAUGUAUUGGCUAUCGGGUUUCGCCUAAAAAUAUCGUCUGCACCGUCACUUAGUGUGGCAAAUCAAGUUUCGUUAUCGCAAUUGAGCCGUAAUAUUACAUAGAUUAUAAUAUGAGUAUUGCAUAUAUUAUGUGACUGACUCAAUGAAAAUAAUUUUUGUUGUAUUAUAUAAUAAAGUUUUAAUCGGGACAUUUUUGUCUUUUGUUUAGAAAUGGUCGAAAUUCUGUUAUUAUUAAUUAUUAUACAAAUGGACUGUAAGAGGGCCCCUAAAUUAUUUCAAAAGUGAGACCCGAGGCAAAUGAUCCCGUGCCCCCCCCCCCUCUGGAUGGCCCUGGUAGAAAAUAACAGCAUCGUAAAAUGUUUCCAUUAUUUAUCGUAUUAAACCUGAUUACGUGGACUUUUACAGCAACCCGUUGUAUUUUUGAAACCGAAUAAUGUAUAAUUUUUUUUAUUAUGUAUUAUUUCACGAUAUUUUUAUAUUAUAUAUAAAAUUGGGACAAAUUUUGAGAAUAUUCUAAAUUAUUUUAUCUAAUAAAACCUACAUAUAUAUAUAUAUAUAUAUAUAAAACAACCCAAAAUUAAAUUUAUUCGAUAUUUUUGUGUACAUAUAAUCGCUGACGGUUCAUAUGCAAUAAAAGAAUCAACCCUAUAUUUAUUAUUUAUUUAUUUAUUAUGACAUAUACGGAAAAGUCCUACAUAAAAUACUAUGAUUAUUGAAUAUCAAGAGAGAAAAAAAAAGAAGAGAAAUAAGUACAAUUGAAUGAUAGUUAAAACAUGGAUACAGAUAAAAUAAUGCAAAAAGAGAAAAAAACAAAAACAAAAAUUAGUACGGGACAUCUGUUCAGAACAGUGUGCACAAAUAAAAAUUAAAUUAGACAUCAAAGCUAAAGGAGGGAUCUGUAUUAACGUUAGACAGCAUAUGCCUAAUGGGCUCAUUUCUUAAAUAAUGAAUGGUACUGAAGAGAACGUGGAACGUAGAAGUAAAGCGAGAAAGACGUUGGGGACUUUAAAACUAUUUAGGGAAAGCAAAGUAGGAGAAUCAACGUCACCAGCUAAACGACCAGAGAGGAAUUUGCUCCCAAGAUAGCGUCGACGCCCUGAUAAAGGAGGUAAACCAAGAUGGGAAGCAACUGGGGAAUAGUCGUGAGGAGGACAAGCGAUGGGUAAAAAAAUACAGGCGAAACGAAAAAACCUACGCUGGACUCUCUCGGUACGGAGAGCGUUAUCGGCUGUAUGCGGGUCUCAAAUUACGUUACCAUAUUCCAAAAUAGGAAGAACUAAGGUACAAAUGUACAAUGAAGAAACUUCAAAGAAGUUUUGAGCUCAAAAAUAUUAGAUAAUCUAAUUAUAAAGCCCAACACUACAGGCUAUAAUAGUCGUUAAAUUCGAAAUAUAUUAAAUAUUUCGUUUUUCUGUCUAUAAGUAUUGUCCAUAAUAUAUUAGAGGGACCCUAAAACCGUGUAUGCCUAUGUCGAUAAUAUUUUAACGAUGUAUAAUAUUUCUUAUAAAUAUAGCUUUCACACGCUAUUAUUUCUAUGUACGCAACUGUACGAUUAAAGUAAUGAUACGUUAGACAAUAAAAAUAUAAUAUAUGUAGGUGCUUAUACGCUACCUGUAAUAUAUAAUAUAUUAAUAUAUUAUUAUACAUAUGUAUAUUUUUGAAACGGCUACAGCAGGACACUGCUGCGGUAUCCUUUUAAGGACGCGCGUAGUCUUUCAAUCAUUCAUUUUUUCACUAAACAUUGAUUCGUGCGAAACUAAAAGUCACAACCUAAUCCAAUUCAAUAAAUCGUCGUGACGACAUGUUAUUACUAUUAUUAUGUAUACACAACUACAUCAUACAUUAUUAUAAAUAUUUUAGACGCUUACAACAUAAUAAUAAUAAUAAUAAUAAUAAUGCGCGUGCGUUCAAAAUAUUAUUGCGAUUGAACUCGAGCAAAAACCGUCUGCAGAAACGGAAAAAAAAAGUUGGGAAAGUAGGUAUAGAAUAAUACGUAGUGUUAUUUAAUUUAUAGCUGCAUAUAGCGAUAAAUCAUUGCUAACAAAAACGAUCCUGAGCGAAGUUUGGUUGAACAUGUUUUGAAAUGCCAUGAUUUUUGUGAUUAUCAUUAUCAAUUUAAAACGCUUUUUUUUGAAAAAAACUUUUACUUUACAUUCGAUUAUCUUUUACUACUAUGUACAUUUUAUUAUAACCUCGGUGUUCAAUUUUCAAGCAUUUCUGCUUGGUUAAAAUAAUUUUAUCUACUUAAAACCAAAUAAAAUUUAAAGACUUUCUCAAUAUACUAAUUAGAUUCAAUUUGCUCUACACAAAGAUACUUGAUAAUCGAAGGAAGAAAUAUCAUUGACCAUCUAAUGAUUAUCUUGAUGUCAAACAUUUUUAAACAUAAACACUGAUAAUCUGGUGAUAUUCGAUGCCCCCCCCCCCUAAUAAGAAAUCCUGAAUCCACGCCUGAUGUAGUAUUAGUAUUUAAAGCAUUCAAAUUAUUUAGUAGUUUAUUAUUUUUUUUUAUAAAACUCAAUGUUUGGAAUUUUUCGAUAUCUCCAAUUUUUUCCUGUUUCCUUAAGAUUCGACAUAACGAGAGUUCACUGUAUACAUACAAAAGAACAAUCCUGGUAAAAUCAGUCGCAGAUAUUCGAUCAUCUCUUCUGAUGACUAGAGUCAAAAAUUAUAUACUCUUAAAAUCCACAAAAAAAUGCUUAAAAACAUAAAAAAUAAAUCCAUGACAAAAAGAACUUAAAAAUAAAUAAUAAAAUUGUACAUAUUAAACAGUGACGGUCAAAUGAUUUGUCAUGGGGGGGGGGGAUAAGGAUAAUUUUUAAGAACUAUUACUAUUUACACAAUCUUUUUAUAUGUCAAAUAAAUCAAAGAUAUAAUAUAAUAUACAUGAUUAUUUUUAACCAUACUUACAGCUCACCUCAUUUGCAUGGUUGAGUUCAAAUUAUAUUUUUUGGAAUUUUGAGGGGACAACGAUAUUUUUGCACACUUAGAUUUUUCAUGACACUAAAUGUUGUGGAGUUAUUUUAAGGAGUAUCCUGUGGUAAUAACAACAAUGUUUUUCAAAUAAGAACCUAAAUUAAUUAUAUUUUAGUAUUUAAAGUAGAAUAGGUCGGGCAUUAUUUGUUUAAAUUUUGAUUAAAAUACGUCAACAUUUUCAGACAAUUAAUCUGAUUGACAAUUUGCAUUAUAACUUAUAGGUUUUCAUUAGAAAAACCAAACUUAGUAUUGUCACAGGAUACUCCUUAAGUGUUGUGAAAAAAUUAAAUGUUCAAAAAUGUCAUCUUCCGCUACGCUUAAAAAUUCCAAACAUCAGAAUUUGAAUUUAUGCAUAAUUUAAUCAUAAAAAUGGAGUGAGUGCUAAGCAUGCUUAAAAAAUCACUUAUGUUAUAAAUAUUUAAGAAAAAUAACUUAAUGGAGAGGAAACAUCCUCCUUAUCCCCCCUGAUAUAAAAAAAAGACUUUAUAUUAACUAUUUUUGUAGUAUUUGUCAAUUUUAUUUUAUAAGUCAAAGCUCUUAGAAGAGGUCUUUUUAACUCCUCUAUCUUCUUUGCCUUUUUAAAUAUUUUUAAGUACUUUUUUUAAGUUUGAAGCCCUUUUAUGUGGAUUUGAAGAGACUGCAAGAGAGUAUAAAUCCGAUCUCUACUGAUGACAUUCGUGUUUGAUUUUUAUGUUCUACUGCAAUAAUAAUUUGGAGGUAGUCAAAAUUGCGGAAGACGUUCGAAAAGAUACAAUGUCAUUGGCGAAUGGCGAGGACAAACACCCUGUAUAUAUUGUGAUAAAUCGUUGUCACGUAGUGCUGUUAUUACCACGGCAGUUCUUUCGAACUUACUGACGCGACAUAACUAUGUGUUGCUCCAGCGUUUGAAAUUACAAUAGAAUGUGAACAUGACAAAUUACACGAAUUCCAAUAGUUACAUAGGUAUUAUAAUUAUAUGCUCACUGCUGCAACACUGCACAUCUUCGAAAACAUUCGAAAAUUCAAAAUGCAUUCUAGUACCUAUUAAUUAAAUUAAAAUAUUGGUAAGCAAUUCAAAGUUAAAGAAUUUUUUUUAGCCAAUACUGACUUUUAAAUAAAGUUUUUUGCUUUUAUUGUAUUUCUUAGAAGAAAAUCAACCAAUUUUCUCUCGCUCGUUUGAAUUUAUUACACUAUUUACGAUAAUAUAGGUACACUUAGAUUAGGUAGUGUAUAAAUUUAACAUAAUAAUAAUAUAAGGUUUAAAAUAUUUUUAAAAUGUACCUAUUUGUUUUACUAAGAUGUGUGAAUAAUUUAUCUGACUGUGAACAACUUUUACACUAGAAAUCUUGCUCUGAUUAUCAAUUUUAGGGGUGAUUUCUGAUAGUAAAUUGUGUCCUUUUUUGAUUUACCUUGUAUUUUUCUUAAUAAUUAUGCAAAAUCAGGAAAAAUAAUAACGCAACAGCGAUUUUCACAAGAAUUAUGCUCACAUGGAGUUUUUAAUUAAAACAAGUUUUUCGGUCGAAAACUGUAUAUCGGCUACUUGCUUUGGUAACCAAAUACCAUCCAACUCCACCUUAUGAAUUACUUGUAUACGAUUUCAGAUUUCGGCCAUCAAAUCGUUUAAUCAGGAAUCUGAUCUUAUGAAGUACAUAGCGACAAUACAGAAUACAGAAUAUCCACAAAAUACCUGCUUUUUGUUUUUUGAGUUUGUUAUGUUUACAAAAUAAUAAAACAUAUGUAUACCACAUUACCACCUAACUAUACCUAACUCAUACAACUCACAAGACGUAAAAUUGAUGACCUGCAGUUGGUAGUAUUGCACAUGUUUUUCCAGUGCGUUCCUUUCGAGCAAACACGACAUCGUUAAAAUUUUAAACCUAAAUUAAUAUUCGUUCGGGCAGUUUUCAUUAUUUUUUCUAAACUCGUGACCCCUUCGCAAACGGCGGUGUAUCUAUCGUGCGCGCGCAUUCUAAUAUAACCGGUCGCGGUACCGCGCGAAUUUUUCGAAACGUUACCACCGUUACCGACGUUACCGUGGUUAUAGGCAGUAGGCACCAAUUUAUAUAUGACGGACUAGUCAACGGCAACAGCUAUAGUCGGCCAUAUAUAAUAUAUUUUUUUAUCGGACACGACGAUCGACAACUCCGACAAAAUACUAGCGUAUUAUUAUAUCAUAAUAUAAUAUUUUUGCCGCAUUGUGAACGCCGGCGCGACGACAACGGCGCAAACCAGUUGUAUAUCUAUCUAUAGGUAUAUACAACAAUAAAAUACCAUACGUGUAUACUUGCAUACUUAUAUGCACUUAUGUAAUCGUAGUUUAUAUAAAAACGCACGCGUUCCGUUUAAUAUUAUGAUCGAUGCAGUAAUACGCCCGGAACGAUAUUGAUCUCGGCGCGGUCAGUGCCAAUAUGAAAUGAAAUUAACCUCCGCUGAACACGGGACAGUGAUGACAGUGACGUGGUGAACUGACAAAUUUAUCGAAGAUACCACAAUAAGAAUUAUUCCACAAUAAUUCAAUCCUCGAGUUUGUUAUAUUUCCAGUUGCAUAAGUACCUAACCCAUAUAGAUACACAUGGCCUGAUGGGGGAUAUCACCACAACUUACUGAGGACAUCGCUAUAUUUUCGCGGUGCCUAAAGUGAUAACAGAUGCGAGAACCUCGCAGCGAGGAAGCAGUUUGUUUACAUUUUACACAGAACACAUGUAGGAUUAACAAAGUGCCAAUUCCCAUACGACAAAUCUAUCUAUAGAUAAUAUGACAAUAAAUUACCCAAUUUGAUUUGUAGCCCGACCUAACCUAAAUACCUAAAUAUACUUUAAAUCCAAAGGUGAGGAUCAUCAUUCGCGUCUGUGACCUUAGAAACUUAUUUUUUAUUGGUUAUUAUUAAUGGACUGAUAAUUCCUGCCCCGCCGUUAGUACUCUUCUCACAUUCAUCCCGGUAAUCCUCUACAUUACAUAUAUUUUUUAAGCCCGAUUAUGCUUGACGUAGACAGAAAAAAGAAUUUCCGGAACAAGGAAUAACAAUAACACAGUGAUGACGAUGGUACUAUUAGCUGACUAUACGGUGCGAGACGUUGUGUAAUAAAUCCCAGCGGUGGUCCGGUGGCUGUAGGGGAUUCAGUGUGAGAAAGAUUCGAAAACGUAAUCUGAAAGAAAGAAUGAACAAAAACCGAUCCACAUAUUAUGUUGUUGUGCGGCUAUACUAUUAUUAUUUUAUGUUAGAAAAAAUUCGUUGAUUAAAUUCAUUGGAAAAAAAAAUAUACGUAUAUUUAUAUCUAUUUGUCUUAUGUCUUACAUAUUAUUUAUUAGGCUUUGAGCAGGUUUUUGAUAUUUUACGUUUUUUUUUUGGGAGCCGGUUGAAACGUCGAGAAUCAAAAUAUCGACAAAUUAAAUUGUUGACGGUCGAAACAUCAACAAGUACAAAAUGUCGACAGGUCAAUACUUCGACAAAUUAAAAUAAAAUAAAUAAAUAUAUAUAUGAAUAUGAAUUAUGUGAAUAAAAAAAAAUAUUAUAGGAUAUGAAUUAUAUAAAUUAAAUAAAUAUAAUUGGAUAUGAAUUAUAAAUAAAAAUAAUAUGUAUGAACCAUGAAAUAAAAUAAAAUUAUAAUGUUGUAUUGUGAACAACGGACUGAACUUUUCGCCGCAUACUUUGUCUCAAAUGAAAGAGACAUAAUCGACUUUGUGAACUCUUGUUUAACUGCACAAAUAGCUGCUUGUUCAUAAUCAGUUAAAAUAUAGUCAGGCUGUAAAACUAUAUUAUUUUUCGAUGCAUAGUAUUGUAAAUCUUGAAACGUACGAAUAUAAUUGUUUAGACUUACUACUCAAGAGAGCAAAAACCAGAGGUAAAAUUCGCGAUUUCGUAUCAUGUCCAACUGGAGCAUGAACUGAAUAUAACCGGUGGAAUAUUGCGGAAUAUCUCCGUACGGGAAGUACUAUUUAUUUUAUAGUUAUUUGUGUAUAUAAAUAACACCUAUGGGUAUGCAGUAUCUUUAUACUUUUAUCCGUUCACAUAUUAACGUUAAAUUAUAAAAUUAAAUUUUUUUUUCUUCAAUAUUUUGUACUUUUCGAUGUGUAUCGACUUGUUGACAUUUUGUACUUGUCGGUAUAAUGAUCGGUCAACAUUUUGUAUUUGUCGAUAUUUUUACUUGUGGAUAUUCUGAUUGUCGACGUUUCGUACCAGACCCCAUUAUAUAUAUACUGCACACGGACACUAUACAAUGGGUAUAUGUCUCGGAGAAGCGAAGGACGCGAAGGCCCGUACGAGUUUAAUAAUAAUAACUACCAUAUCUAAUGUAAUAAUCACACGAUCUAAUUUCUUCCCGAUCGUCUGACUAAUGGCUAUAGGGUACCUCUACCAAUAAUAUUAUAAUAAUACUCGUAUAGGUAAUAUAAUAUACCUCAACACGAAUCAAAUCACCCGCGAACCGUUUCUUUUGUGCCGCAGAUUGCGGCGUCUAAACCUUUCUGGUCACGUUUUUUUUUUUUUAUUCUCCCCCUAUUUUACAAAUCUCACUAAUUGCGUCUAAGCAUAAAAUAUAAUAUUAAAAAUAAAAUAACCAUAUUACUCCCGUUCUUGCCUAUAUAUAAUGCAUAGGCACCUGAGCGUGCGAGUAGGUAGGUAAGUAGAUACCUAUAUAAUAAUAAUAAUAAUAUACAGUCGCGUGCGACAGGGGUCAGUCCUUCACCCGCCGCCGACGCGACGACGGCCACCCGAGUCCGAUGUGCGCGAAGUUACAGGUUACGGCGAUGGAUACACCUAUAGGUACUUACCAGUUACCACAACAAUAUUAUUUUACUACCGCGCGGAAUAUCUCGCCGACCUUGACAAUAUUAUACGAAUAGGUAUACCUCGCGUCGCUGUUAUUAUUAUUGUUAUUUGUUGCAUUUGUACAGCUAUAAUAUGAAUAUUAUAGGUAUAUAUUUAGGUAUACUAUGUGUAUAAUGUGCAUAUACAUGUACGAUAUUUUCAUCUUUUACCGGUUUUUUUUUCUUCACUCACGUGGGAUACAAUAUUAUAUUCGUGACCAAGGAUACGGCGUUGCAGAUCGUGCAACAGUAUUUUGUUUGUGAUGUUAAUCAAAAAUCGCAUCACUGCCUAUUUUAUACGAGUAAAACAUCGUCCGAAGAGACGACAUCGUCUUCGCACGUUACAUCGCUCUGAAGAGGAUAUAUGCGCAAUGACCCUUAAAUUUAACUUUUAUUUUGACCCUUCGUCUAUUCUUUUAGAUUCUUGCAGCGAUUUAAGCCCACAGUGCCGUGCUUCCGGAAUUGAGGAAAUCUGCUACGGGUCAACUUGUGAUUUCGAGACGUACCUUUUUCAAAAAAAAAAAAAACUGGGAACUGGGAAAAAAUGAACUUUGGGUUAACAUUGCAUAAACCGUUCAUAGAUUCGCAACUGAACAGCCACAUUAUAUUUUUAUCGGUGAGUGAGGCAUCGAUAUAUUACAACCCCUCUCAUAGGCGUCCAUAGAUUAAAUUUCAGAGGAGGGGCAAUAUAAAAAAAUUCUCAAAAUAUAUAUAAUAAUUAUAGCAUAUAUAUGUUAGAUAAAGAUUUAAUGUUAUUUUGUCAUAUAAAUGUAGUAACUAAUAUUUAUUUUAGGGAUGCGAGUGCCCCGUCCUGUCUUCUCAUGGGCGUCAAUGUACCCUCAUAUACUUAACGUAUAUUUUAAAUAACGACAAAUGUCAAUCAUAAAUAAUAAUUGAAGAUUAUUAAUAUUUUAUAUUUCGUAUAGGUUUUUGGGAAUUUUGAAAGAUCUACUACGGAAAUUAUGAAUUAACUAUUAUAAAUAAUUUUCCAAUGUAGAAAUAUUCUAAGCCUGCUUGACCGCCAAGUCACAGCCAUGCGGUGUAUCUCUCCAUGAAUUGAUAGAUAGGCAUCAAGAAAAAUGUUGGUCCUCCCUAAAAUAUGUUGGCCUUAGCUUGGCCUACCUAAUGAAAAAGUUAUGGCGCCGCCACUGCGACCAUAAGAUAUACGUAAAACGUAUACCUUACCGAUUUCUUCACAGAGUAGUGGGAAGCGAUUUGUUAAAUUGUGUCGGUAAACUUAUAUGCGGUAUUAACUCGUGAAACAUUUUUCCUUUAUCAAUAACUAUAAAACGCAAAAAUUGUUGUUAUCAUAGAAACUGAACGAUAAUAAUAAUAAUAAAAAUCGAAUCGCCCACCCCGUGACAGUAGAGGCACAUAAUGUUGACGGACGCUCAUCAGUACACCACUAAAUAAUAUCCAUACGUGUGUACUGUGUAUGUACCUAAUACACGAUUAUACGCAAUUAUUAGCUUUAAUUACACCGAUAUAACAAUAACCGCUAGGUAUAUGCAAAAAAGGAGAUGUUGUGCAAACUAUGUCGUCGUAGUAGUUACGUUAAAAUAAUAAUAAAUAAAAGUGCACGUGGAAAAAAAAAUCUGGUAUUAUUUUUUUAUUAUAAAAGGAAAACUUAGUUCGUUAACUCUCAGCUAUUUAGUAUGAGUAAAUUAUUAUAGCGGACACGGGGGAAUCGUAAAAUAUCAGGUAGAUACGUAUAUUAUAAUAAUUAUACGUAUAACUUAUACAUUUAUCUGAGCAGCAUUCGCGGUUACAAAACUUACGGUUAUUAUUAGUAAACUCGAAUACGUGGAGAUGCGCGCGCUAGAUUAUUAGCUAUACGGGCUGUAUAUGUACGAUUAUUUUAUUGGCGAGAGUAUAAAGUGUGUCCCAUGAAGGUUAUCUAUAAAUAUCUUGGUAAUGUCCAAUUCUAGGAUGAGAUGUUUACAGAUCUUCGUGGGACACUCUGUAUACUAUUGCUAAUAAAAUAAUCGUAUAUUAUGUAUAGCCCGUAUAGGUAUUAAUCUAGCGCGCGCACGCGAUAGUUUUUUGAGACUACUAUAAUAAUAUUGUACUCUUUUCGGUCGUUUGCGAACAUCGGUGGUGGCUUAUAGAAGUACGUGGUUAACGUGGGCAAUGCCUUCGUAAUCUUUGUCGAAAUGAUAUAUAGUUGUGUUUUCACAUCGUUUAUAAUAUUCGUAUCGUAUAAUAUCGUAUCGUAUUAUUAUCCUAUCGUAUUAUUAUCGUAUUGUCGUAUUCAAUUGCGCUGUUAAAACGUCGCUAAGUUUCUAAAAAAAAAGAGUUGAUACUUGGAUGGGAGCGGCCACUGUUAUCGGUGAGAAGUUGGGAAGGUAGGAUAAAUAAGGUUAUUUCAUUUAUAUCUGUAAGCAACGAUAAACCAUUGCUUGACGAGACGAUUCCGAGUGUAGUUCUGUAAUACAUUAGAUGUGGAAGUGCCGUAAUAUUUUUCGCAAAUAAAAGUCGUCCAAUGAUUUUAAAAAUUUUACUGCAUCUAGGUAAGUCAAAUAUAAGUAUUAUUACCAAGUUUCAAGUCUCUACGUGUAUUUAUAAUCGAAUUACAGCAAAAAAAUUCCCAAAAAUUAAAAUUCCUUAAGAGCUCAAAAAUAGUUCAAACGCUUUGGCGAUGACAUCGUAAGAAAGUAAAUCAAAAAGGCAACAAAAAAAGUAACUUGUGAUUUUUCGAUUAAGUCAUUUUUUCUGGUAGAAAACGUCGUCUGUGUUUUUAUAAAAUAAUGAAAUCGUAAAAUUGUACUUUUCCCUACGUUUUUUCCCAUUUAAGUGCUUUUAUUUAAAAAUGGCAGCGAAAAUCAAAUGACUUUUAAAGUGAAAUCUAAACAACUCGAGCUUUCAGAAAAUUUUCUACAUGUAAAAAUCGGAGCAAUUUUACUAGGAAAAAAUGUGUCCAAAGACUAGAAUGAAAAAAAAAAAACAGUAUUGUAAAACCAAUAGCUCCCUCACUACGUUCAGAAUCUGUAAGGAGUUUCUAUAAUCAUUGAUAUUUUUUUUAUUAGUGUAGGAUACUACGAAAUUCGAAUUUUUUAAGAAAAAAAAUAGUACGCUACUAUUAUAUUCUGAGUGUAGCGAAAGAUUUAUUGGUUUUACUAUAUAAUGUGUGCUUUUUUUUCUGUCUGUAAACAAAUUUUUGAAAAGAAAUUUUGCUCCGAUGCAUUGAGUAUAUAAUAUCUUUUCUGAAAGGAAAUGUUGUCUGCUUGAUAGAAGAUAAGAUCUUUAAAUAAUGGUCAUUUUUUGAUUUUUCAAGGUGUUUUCGAAAUAAUUGCGAAACCCAAAAGAAAAUUAUAGGUAAACAGGCAAAUAUUUACGGCGCGUCUUGACGUUACCGAUUUAAUAGUUUUUAUUUUUGCAACUUAUAUUUUCUACCAGAAAAAUUGCUCCAAUCGAAAUGAUAAAGUUUUGUUCCUUUUUAAUAUAUAACCACUAUCAUAGAACAUCUUUUUGUUUUUAUAUAUCUAAAGUGCUUUUUAUAAUAAUUUGGAAAAACUAGGCAAGACGAAAAAUACGGUUUUUUUUCUUCAAAUUAUAGCACGAUUUUAUUAUUUAACAUUUUUACAGCUAAUUUUUUCUACCAUAAAUAUUGCUCCAAUGGAAAAUUGACAAGAGAUCUUUUUUGUUGUAUUUUUAAUUUGACUGGUGAGUAGGAAAGUCGUUUUUUGAUUUUCUUUUGUUAAUAAUUAGGAAAAACCGGAGAAAAUGUAAAACGAAACCUGAUAAAUUUACGGCGUUAUGAUUUCUUAUUAAUCUAAAAUUUUUACGCUUCUGUUUUUUACCAGAAAUAUUGUUUCAAUAAAAAAACAACAAGAAAUCUUAUUUGUUAAACAGGAAAAUUUUCGUAAAUAAUUCUCUUAUUAUUUAAAAUUAUUUUAAAUUUUGUUUUUUUUUAAAUGUAAUUAAGUUAAAAAUAUUCGUAGAGACUUGAAAUUUAAACGGAAUACUUGUAUUUGCUUUUUCUAAACGUUGUAAAAUGUUUGAUCUAUUUAAAGACAAUUUAAUUUUGCUAGUUUUGUUUACGUAAUAUUUAUUUGGUAGGUACUUUGUGGAUAUAGUUGUUAGACUUAACAGAAGUGUUUGAAAAUUUGACAGAAGGUUCAUUCUUCAGUCGUACUUAGAAGUAAAAAAAUAUUAAGUGUGGGUAUUUUAGUAUUUUUUUUUUUUUUUACAGAUAUAAAUUAAAUAACUUUAUGUAUACCACUUACAGUAGUGGAUGCACCCGUCCCCAGUAUCAGCUAUUUUUUCUUGUGGACAAUUUUUCUACCAGCAAUUUCACUCUAAUUUUCAAGUAGAUAUAGCACUUUUUCUGAUAGGUAAUCUAACUGGGAUGGUACUUUAGGGGGAUAUUUUUUUGAUUUUUCUAGCUGAGCUGUUUUCAUAAUAAAUGGUAAAAACCGGGAAAAAAGGGAAAAUUUACAAAAUAUAUUAUUUUCAAAUCGUAAAUGUUACGGAUUUGAAAAUAUGUGUUAUCGUACUCCGCUCAGAAUUGUUUUCGUUAGCAAAGAUUAAUCGUUGCGUACACCUUCCCAACUUCUCAUCUACAAUAGUGAUUAGUGGCCCAGCUAUCGUAUAUCCGUAUCUUUUUUUUAGCUGAUUUUAAACGUGACUUUUUUAGCACAAAGUUGUAUUUAUGUAACAACGAACUAAACUAUUCAACUUUUAUUUUGUAUUUUUUUAAUUUUUAGUGUAUUUUACGCUAUUUUCAUCUAAUUCUAUCAAUUAUGAUUUUAGGUAGAUCAUUAUAGGUCAGAUGUAAUGUAAAACAUUCUGGCCAUUUUUGAGGAAAUUUUAAUAGAAAUUGUAAAAUAUGCAUUUUAAAAUAUAUCCAAACAAAGCUCAGAAUCGUUUUUUGUUACCAUCGAUUUAUCAAUGUGUAUAUAGUUAUGAAUUCAAUUUUUCUAUUUAUCAUUCUAUCUUCCCAACUUCCCUCUUAUUAUAGUAGCACACCUUUCAGCAGUAUUAAUUUUUUUUUUAUUAUCAUUAGGUGUACGUCAGGUUUUAACGUCGAAGUUUUAUAACAUAAAAUAAUAAUAAUAAAAAAAAAAAAUAUAUUUAACGGGUUGUCACUAUUUUAUAGCGAGUAAAUGUCAGAUAAUUAUAGUGAGAAAAACUAUCACCUGUGACAUAAUUUUUUCGGAGAGAUGAGCGUGAGAAAUUGUUGAUAAAGGUUCAAUAAUAUGUAUAAAGUGUACUCGACGAUACGUAAAACAUGAAAAUAGGUUUUCAACUUGCAGUAAUAAUUACCCCCAGAUAUUAAAAAGAACAUAUUUUAAGUAGAAUAGGGAGUAAGAUAGUUGCGUGCUUAUUUUCGGACCUGAUGUCCAUUAUGUUACUCUGUAUAAUACUAUAACUUCCAACUUCCCUCCUAAACCAGUGAGUUACCCACACCAAUUAGCGUUUUCAUAAUAUGUUUGAGUAUGUUUUUUAAAUAUUAAGUAUUCGCACGGGUAAUAAUAUAAUAUUGCAAUACGACUUUUUUUUCACGUUCAAACGACUGUUUCGAUUGGUCAAGCGGUGGCGAUCCGUGUGUACCGAUGUAUUUAGUAUGGACGUCACGAAGGGAAAGCAAUAAAAUAUUAAAAUAUACACACAGUCUAAUAUAAUAUAAGUGUUGAUUAACAUAAUAUAAUAUACGAAUAUCUAUUAUAAUAUUAUUUGCAGCUGAUAACGUCGGUCAGUUGUUAUUAUUAUUAUUUAAUACGCUCGCGUGAAUUGAACGUACCGUUCCGAACGUAUAAUACAUUUCGUUAAUUUAUUAUUCAAUUAUAAAUUAUAAUAAUAUGAUACAUACCUGUCGACAACCCACGGUAAACACGAACGAAUAUUUUCGAAUUUCUAUAACUAGUUUAUUAUACUUAGGUACCUAUACCGGCAUUCGGGUUUCGUGAGUAUACGUAAUCAGUAAUCACUAAUCAGUAUAAUCAUAAACGGUUGACCGCGAUUACCUAUAUUAUGACUGUGUAGUAUAUUAUAGAAAUCUAUAUGAUCGAUACAAACCAUUAUAUUACGCGCACGCGUAUUUACAUAACAAUAUUAUAUGUUAACAAGGUUAAAAAGAAGCAUAUAGACGUGAUUUAGUAGUAAAAACUAAUUGCCUAAUUUAUUAGUACAAUUGAUAAUAAUUGGAAUUGGUAAACGUUCACCAAAAUAAGUAGACUCACUUUAAGUAAAUUGUAGUUUUGUAUCUUCGGAAGAUGAUAAUGGGUGCGGGUUAGAGUGCAUAUAAUUGUUCAACUAUUGAUCAAGUAAAGAUAAAAAACAACAGCAAAAUAUCCUUAAAUUGAAAGCUCACAAAAAAUGAAUUUUAGUUAAACGUGAAACAUUAAAACGACACCAAAUAAUAUACAAUUUCUAUUUCUAGCCACAAAACCGUUCAAAUGCAUUUAAUUAUUUGGUUUUUAGAUUCUAAGCGAAGUGUAGAAUGUAUUGGUUUUACUAUGAUGUGUUUUUUUUCGUGUCUAAACAACUUUUACUAGAAAUCUUGCUCGAAUAAAAAAGUAUGUGUAAGUAAGUAAUGUAAAUAAUAUGAUAACACGGAUUAAAAACAUUAGUUCGCCACUGACUCACUUUCCACCUAUUUUGUUUGGUUCAAUAUACGGAUACGGACAAAACAAAACGGGAAUAAUGGUAAAAUUAAUGAAAAAUUGACACGAACAACGUUGAGCGCGGGACAGCUAGUUUAUUGUAAAAUAAUAUUGACCAUUCUAAACAGAAAUCAGAAUACAAAUGGAAAAACCUCAAAAUUAAAGGCAUAUAGAAAAGGGGUAACGUUUAUUUUAAAAAUCGGAUCGCAGUAGUAAUAUUAUGCACUGAGUUGAAUUGUAUUUCGUGAUCCCUUCACUCAUCAACCGUGGUGUUGCUCUUAUACAAUCUAUGAUCUAAGAUGCUAUCACAGUGUUACGCACCGAUUGGUAUGUGCCUAUUGCAUACAUGUUUUACAUUAAGAGCAAUAAUAUGUUCACGACAUAAUAUUUUUAAAAUUAUUUUUUUUAACAGCAUCUCGAUAAUCUUAUUAUUCUUGUUCUUCUCCAGCUCUUACGGUCCUUAAAGAACUUUCUUUGUCUCUGCUAUAUUCCUUCAUCUAGUUCUGUCCAUGCUGUCUGCUAUGGUUAUACCCUGUGAGCAUAUGUUUAAAUCUUUAUUAACCCUAUCUGCCUAUUGUUCUCUAGGGCACCCUCUGGGUCUUUUCCCAUUUAUUUUUCCAACUAAGACAUUUUUUUAGAAUUUGACUUCCAGAUAUGUCCUGCACACUAAUUUCGCUUACUCAUAAGGUAUACAUUAAUACUGGAUUUUUGGUAAAUUUGUUCUACUUUUCUAUUAGUUCUCCUUUUGUACAUUUCAUUUUCCCUAAUAGGCCCGUAUAUCCUUCAGUGUAUUCUUCUUUCAAAACAAGCUAUUUUUAUUUUCGUCUCCUUAGUCGGUCAUGUUUCACACGCGUAUGUCAUAACUGGUUUUAGGAAACUUGAAUACAGAUAUUUCUUUGAUCGUCUGUAUAGAAAUUUUGACUUAAGUAGUUUUUCUGAAGCAUAAUAGCCCUUGUUGGUAGCAGAUAUUCUUAUAGUUUUAGUUCACUGUAUAUGUUAUUGUGUUGAUUUAUAUUCAUCCCAAGAUGUUUGAAAUUUUUUAUUUGUUGAAAGGAAUAAUUGUCUGUUACCAGGUCCAAGUUUUCUCUUAUUCUUCUAUGACUAAGUAUUUUGUUUUAUCCCGGCCAACUUCUUAGCCUACUUUGGUGCUUUAAUCAAAUCAUUGGUUCUCGUUACGACUUCUCUUUCAUUUCCUAGGCUCCGUAUGCAAGGAGCGUAUUAUUCGACAAAAAUUCGAUGCCUUGGCUCAAUGACAUUAACCUGACUACUUUCUCAAGUGCUAAGUCAAAAAGAAUAGAUGGUAUUUUUAUUGAAUAAUUUAAUAUAACGAUUAAGUGAAAAAAUAAAAAUAUAAUUUUGAGGAAAUAGCAAGUGCACCACACUUGCACCUAAGUAUCUAAGCAUGUGGUGCCACUGAUAUAAAUGUAUUAGAUAACUCUAUAUGCCCUCUCUUUUAACUUCCUUCCUAAAACAUUGCACCAGCGCUAUUAUCAUUUUUUAAAUAUAUUUUUUAUGGUAUAAACAAUAAACAGUUUUAAAAUCUAAAAUUUGACACCAAGAGUCCAAAAUAUGGUACUCAAUUUCACCGAUACAGCUCAUUGAUACGCCACUGUUAUAUGUGGGAACUUAUUAAGUAAAAUAAUAAUCAUUUUUACAAAAUAAUUUUUUUACCUGACCUAAAAUAUUUUUUAAAUAUGUUAUUAAAAUAAUAAGUUUUUAAAACGGUGAUACGUUCAUUACUAAGUAAUGUAACAUACUCGUAUUAUGUGUUAUACGUAGAUCGGUUAUCUUAUUAAAAAUAGAUCAAUAUCACGACGACAACGAAGAAAAAUCAUUACAAAUUAAUCUUUAUGGCGUGAAUACAUGCUGGGUUCAAGGGUAAAAAUAGAUUAAAUUUGCAGUUUUUGGUGUAUAAUUUCCUCGGGUCAUAUUUUAUAAAAAAUCAAGAAGAAAAAUAUUAAUGUUUUUGGCAUAGGUAUAAUAACAAUGUUAACUUAUAGGAUCAUAUUUUUUUUCAAUUGGUACAAGUAAAAAUCUGCUUACACCACGAACAUUUGCAUUUCAGUUUGUAAUAUUGUUAUUCAAACAUUCACAAUGAGUUUACUAUACUAGGUACCUGUAUAGUUUUAUUCCGUUAUUGUAUUAAAAAUUACAUUCGUAACGAAAUAUAAAUUAAAACAAUAGGAACAAUAGUCCAUAUAAUAAUACAAACAAUUGCAAAAAAAUAAUAUUCUACAUUUUAGAUGUGUUAUUAUCAUUUUACGUGAUUUGAAAGUCUUUAGAAAUAAAUCGAGGAGUUUUAUGAAAUCGAAAAACCGUUCACGUACACUUAUACAUCUUUAGAGGGUAGGAUUUGCACAUGAUGUAACAACCGAAAAUAUUACGAUUCGAAUUUUCUUAAAGGAAAUGUAUUGAAGAAAAAAAUUAUUUCGAACUAUACAGUACUAUACUAUACAGUUUUUCUACAUAAAGUAGUAAAAUAUUCUAUUUAUAUGUAUGUAUACAGGACCUGCUCCAUUACAGAGACUUAUCAUAAUUAACGAAGUUAAAAUACAUAAUAAAACAUGGAAAUUCAUAGAAAACACAAAAACAUUAAAACAAUUUAAAAGUGUAAAUAUAGGUUUCAUUGGCUAAUUUCAUUAUUCUAAAAAGUGGACGGUUUGACAUGUAACUGGUUAAAUAAAAAGGAAUAGAAAAAAGGCAUGCAGUGCGGGAAUUGAAAACAAGGAUUUGAAAGUUAACAGCCUGCAGAAAUUCAGGAGUACAAACACUUCCAUCUAUUAGUUUAUCCAUAAAGGUAAAAUGAUUUAAAGAUUAUAUUGAUAUUAAUAUUUGAUAGGGGUUUUUGUUGCGAAUAUAUUAUAUUAUGUUGUAUAUUUUACCAACGACGAUGUAGGUACAUGAAUAAUGAUUAGUUAUACAAGGCGUUUACUCGUAAUAUAUUUUUUUAAACGUAAUUCUUUUGAGUUAUAGAAGAUAUGAUAUUUAAGUGAACUCCUAGUCUACCUAGUGUACUGUAGAAAAUUACUUAUAAACAGUUGAGUCGUUCAAUGUUUUUGUUUUGUCAUUAAAAAUUGUAGAAUCUAGAUUUAUAGACAUGCGUAAUAACAUUAUAAUUGAAUGCAUAGUAUUCAUAUUGCAUGAAUAAUGUACGGUAUUACAAUUAUUAUGCAUUAAAUAUUUGUAUACGUCGGUUUAUAAUUCCGUUAUGGACGUUAUGGUUGAUUAUGGUUCAUGAUUAUUUGAAAAAAAAAAUGCAAUUCACGUACGAAUAUGACUCUCCUAGACCAAUAAUUUUCUUUUAUGUUUUAUUGUUACAAUAUAAUUAUAUUAUUAUAGGCAUUUAUAUUCGUUAAAUUAGAUUGCCUUUAAUUUUAAACUAUAUUAUAUAUACUUAUAUUUACUAUAGCACAAUAAUGUAAGCGUAUGACAUUGAAUUAAAUCCUUGUGUUUAGUGUACAUUAUUAUAGGUAGGUAAGUAUAGGGUAUAUAUAUAAAAAAAUAAUAUUAACUUUUACGGUGUUAAAGACUUUUAUGAUAUUAUUACUACUAUUGCUAGGUACCAAGUUCCUUUAUUCACUUCAAUUAUCAGACUCAUAAUAAUUACGAUAUGGUUUUACUAUGUAAUAUACACUAUACGCAGUAUGGUAUGCAGGUAGUCUAUAGUUUUUAAGCCAUAAUGUAUACCUAGUACUGUUAUAUACGAUCGAGUGAAUGUACCUCCUUAAAUAUUAUAAAAAUACACAUUUCUCCUUUUAAAGUAAAUGUAAAAUAUGGGUAAAAAAAAAAAAAAAAAUAGAACCAAGAUUGGCUUUAAAAUACACGAUUUAAAAUAUUAUAGUACCGCAUACCGCUGUAUGAGUCAUAAUAUUUUUGCAUGUAUUGAAUAACUAUACAAGUCACUGCAAUUAUUCGCAGUAUAAUUACCAAUUACUGGUGUUAAUGAAAAAAUUCAUUAUUUACAAGAAACUGCAAAAUUAUUAUUUAGAGUAUAUUUAACAAAAUGCCGUAAAACGAAACAUUUACAUAAUUGAAUAUAAUAUACGAUUUGCUGCAGUAUGCAGUAAGAAUAUACUUAAAUAUUCCGGAUCGGGGUUGGAAAUGUCAAAGUGCGUAAACAAUAUGUUUGUUAUAUCCCAUAAUAUUACACUGAGACUUUUCUAUAGGUACGUGUAUUUCAAAACAUUUGUUUUAAUUAUAAUAUAUAUACAUUAUACACAGUGCAAUAUAUACACUGCUGACGACUCAGUACUUAUAGCGUGCUAAAACGCCUGGAAGUAGCGGUAAUCAGAAAAACAAAAUUAUCCAAUACUUAAUUAUUAUAUAAUUUAUGUUCUUCUAAAACUUAAUAAAAAAUUACAAUUCCCAGUAGAUAUAAACAGUUUGUUGAUUUUUUCCUUGAUAUUUUUCUUUUUAAUGUGUUUUAUUGCCUUCAAAAAAUACAUUUCCGGAAUUCUAAAAUACUUAUACAUUAAAAAGUUAUGUGUAUGACCUUUAGUAGUAAUAGUAGUAACUAAUAAAGUACUUACAUUUUUUUUAGUAGGUACUUUAUCUACUCAAAUAUAGUAAUUUUGAUUAGAACAUGUGUUAUGAUAUCUAACCGACGAAAACCGAUUUAUGUAUAAAUUCGGCCGAUUACAUAACUUUAUAAUGAAACUAACCUAUCAUCCAAGCUUACUUAAAAUAAUCGCUUGAUGAAUUACACUGUUUUUUCGAUUUUGGAUUUGUUUAAUGUUUUAUUUAUUUUUAAUUUGUAUAGGAUAUCAUAAUCGGUUUACUAAUUUGUAUACAAUAUGCAUACACUUUUAUAUAAUAUUGACAUAUUUAGAUGCGUAAAUAUAAGAUUUCGUAUAUGUGUACCUUUUUGUAAUACUAUUCCGUACGUUUUAUAAAAAGGUUCAUUUUUACAAUCCAACUCUUAAAUAUUACGAUUCUGUAAGAAAAUGAGUGCAACAGUAUAAACGCGUACGACGUCAGGUUCCACAACAGUUUACACGCAAACCAUGCCUACAUUAUUAAUGCCAAUUGCCGAGUUAUACAAGUUGUUAACACCGUGGAGUGAAUAGUAUGUGACGUUUAAUCUUCUGAAUUAUGUUCGGUUCGUGGUUGUGUUCACCAGUUACCAAGCUGACAUAUGUUUUAUUGGUAUUGGUUAAAAUGCAGGCGUAGCACGUUUUGUCUAUCAACAACCACUUACUUAAACCGUUCUUUCGUUUCGUUCUUAUUAAGGACAAACGGCAUUUUAUCGCAAAAUGUAGGUAUAAGAACAUAGCAUAUUAUUAACCAUUGAUUUUUGUAGGUAAUUGGGGAAAACUGUUAUUCUAUGAUUAAGCAACGUUUAAUAUUUAAUUUUAACUGCUUUUUGGUUUUGUCAAUUUUAGUUUUUAUUUAUAAGUGAAUCGAAUUAUAUGUCGAGAAAUAAAUCAAGUAGCAUUUUUUAGAUUUAGCGUGGUACCGUGACGUCAUAAACCAUAAGCUAUCGUGAUGGUAAAGAAUGAGCGUACGGAAUCGUAAACUACACGUAAAUGAGUAACGGUGGCAACGUUGAAACAAUUUUGGAAAGGUAAAACGUACGCAAUCGCAAUAGUGAAAAAGGUCCGUACAGAAUAGUAACAUACGGAAUUGUAAUCUAACUUUUAGAUGAUUAUUCAACUCAAUUCAAUAAACUAUUUUUUAGUAUAGCAAUUAAUUUUUGCAAAUAAAAAUUCAGUCUAAUUAUAAUUCGGUUGUAAGUACACAUUGAGCCGUUCGUGCAAUGUCCAGUGCGUUAAUCGGUGCCCGGAGAUUAUUUUUCUCGCAAACCAGCCAAGUUCUGUUGAUAAUUAACCAACGGUUAGCACUAACGAACACUUUAUAGUACAUUGUAAGUACGGCGCUUAAUGUUAAACGAAUAUAAAUAUUAACACUUUUAUUAAAUUGUACUUCUUCUUCUAUAUAUCACAACUCUUCAAGAGUUUUUGCCACAACAUUGCUUUCCACUCAGUGUCACAACUAGCAUGGGUGCUUUGAGUGCGACGCAUCCCCAAAAGACCAUUAGGGGCAUAUUUUUUGUGAUAUUUUAUAUUUUUGUUGAAAAAUAUGUGAAAUAAAAAGGUAGUUGAUGCUUUAAUGGUUAGAUGCGUCACUACUUCUAUACUCGCGAAGGUGUACCUACCUAUCUAUUUCAAAUCUUUUUUUUUUCCACUCCACCCAUCUAUCAUUUCUUUGUACUUCCUCUAGAUCUCUUCUCAGUUCUCUGCAGGUUUCCACUCAACUGCAUAUCCCUUUUAGGUUUGCUCAUUUCGAUUUCCUUAUUACAUUUCCAAACCAUUAGAUUUUCUGUACCUUUAAAAAAAUGAGCCAUCUUCUGGAUUUCCAUAUUUUUCUUCUUACGUCUAUAGUAUCAUCAUGUAAUAAUACUCAGUAGUUUGUUCUCGAAAGACAUACAAUUUUUUUGUCUUUGUUUUAAUAUUAAAUAUAUAUAUAUAUCGAUUGAAUUGUUUUAUUAAUUAUUAUAUACGUGCAUAUAAUUUAGACCUUAUUACUAUAGAUUUAAUAACACCUGUGGUAUAUUUUAUUAAAACUAUUUUUUUCAUAUAAUUUUCAUAUGUUAUAAUCUAAAACCGGAGGUUGUAAUAUUAUUACAAAUGAUGUGCAUACAUACAUACAUGCAUACAUAGAUACAUACAUACACUGUAUGUAUGCAGUAUGCCCAAAAAAAGCCAUGGUGAUUUAAACUGAGUUAAAUUAUAUAUUUUGUUUUACUUCUGCCUAAAAACGUAAUCAUUUUAAGUAGGUGUGGCAGGUAGGUAUAACUAAAAAUUAUAAGUAGGUAGGUAUACAUAAAAUAAUAAUAGAUAAUUUCCAAGUAGUGCUUAUAUAAAAAUAUAAAAUAUAUAUAAUUAUUUAUUAUUUAUAAGCUUUAAGUUAUAUUUUUUUCUAUUAUGUAUUGCAAAUGCAUAUUUCGAAUAAAAAUAGUCAUUAUUUUUGAGAUACCUCCUAAUUUUAAGUUUUAUCGUUUAAAAGUUUACGCUUAUUUUUUAUAUGUAUUUUGCUUUCAAUUUAUCUUUGUAGUCAUAUACCUACACGAAUUUGAAUUUCAUUUAAAAAUAUUAAACGCCAGCAGAUAGUUAUAUAAGGUCUUAAAAGGAUGUAACAUCUGGAUUUACCACAUUUAUCAGUAAAUAAGUUACAGUUAUACUUUUUUUUUAAUUUUUUUUUUUUUAAUACCCACCUUCGAAAAUAUUUCAAUUUUUAAAAUUUGUUAUUUGUGUAUUAUGUGUAAACUCUAAUUUCAAUUUAAACUUAUUUUACUCAUUUAAAUAUGUUUUAUACGUAACAUAAUUUUGCUAUGUUGCCCGUUAGUAGUGUGUAGCAAUGAACGUUUAGCAAUGUUUGGUUUUGAUAGAAAUUUCCGAAAACUGCGGAUAAUAUCCAUUAGUUUUUAUAAUUUUAUUCUCGUCUAAGAAAACAAACAAAACAAAAUAUAAUAAUAAUAUUGUGUUUCUUUUCACUUAUAUAUUACUGAAAUAAAGUUUUUUUUAUCUAUAUAUGAAAACUAAUAUGUGUUAUUAUACAGAAGAAGAUAUUUGAGAUUACGCUAAAAAAAAAGAAACAUUGUUCGUGUUUCAAUAUUUUCCGCAUGUACUUGGAGAGUGUAAAUAAUAUACCCGAUGUACUAAUGCGACCUUGUUCCCGCCUCAUAAUAUUCAGUAGGUAAAACUGUACCGACACAUCAUAUUUCGUAAUUUUUCGACGACCUUAAUCAUAUAAUAAUUGUGUUAUUUCCAAAUUUUUACAAAAAAAAAUAUAUAUAAAUAUAUAUAUGUAUAUAUAAUAUAAAGUUAAGUAAUAGUAACAGAAAUUUACAUUUUAAGUUAUACAUUAUAUACUAUUAUUAAUAUUAUUAAUUAGUAAUAUGAAAUGAUUUUUCAUAGAUGCAGCCGUUUACGUAACACUACUUAUCGCCGUCCGUGAAACGAGUAAAUUUCACUAUGUGAAAAUAUUUAUAUUAUUAUUUAUAUAUGAUACAUAUUCGACUAAAAUAAUACGAUUGUUUUAUAAUUUUUUUGUACUUAAAUUAUUUUGAACUAAACAUAUAAAAUUAUUACUUUAGGCCUGGUAUUCACUAUUCUAUUUUAUUCUAUGUAUGCAAUAAUUAUUGUAAUUUAUGUUUUUAAAUUAAAUUAUACAUAAGGCCGAAUAUUUGAUUUCCAAACCGAUGAAUGAAUGAUAUUAUAUAAUGAUUAAUUUCAAAUCAGUCCCUAAGGUCCGAUAUAGUUAGAAUGAUCGGUAUAAGAAGACUGAUGUGGCAGAUGAGUCGUGUUUGAAGGGAUCUUUAGUUAAGUGAGGAAGACCCAAGUUCCUAACCUCUUUUAUUCUACGAUCAUUUUGUAGAUUUUUAAAAAUCCUACCCCCCUCCUUAACAAUAUGAUAAGCAAUAAAAAAAAAGGUCAUCAACAAAAAUAUUCCUAUAAAUUUGUAUCAUUAUAAAAAUUAAAGCUGCCCGGACAACUGCCCACUGUCACCCCUAUACUUAAAUACGUAAUCUAUAUCGAUACCCGAUUACCGGUCUUUUUUAAUUUUUUCCCUAAAUUGUACAAUAAAAAUAAUUUAAUGAAUACAAAUUUUACUUCGUAAUGGCUGCUUAUGUCUCUCCAUCAAUGCGUUCACGCUCCCCAGUUUGGAAAACACUGCCCUACAGGGAAAAUACCUGUAUAGGUAUACUUGCAUGAAACCAAGGAUGAGAUGGGAAAAUGGAAUUAAAAAAGACGUCCUAGGAUAAUAGGGAUGGUUACAGUCACUGUUAUAGGUAGUUUAAUGUAUACCUGUAAGCAAUGAUAAACCAUUGCUUACGAAAAAACGAAUCUUAGUGGAGUUAAGUUGAUAGUGAUGCUUUGCCAACAAUAUAUAUGCCAUGUUAUAGUAAAAUAAUUAAAUAGGCUUUAUAUAUUUUCUUUAAUAAUAUUUGUUUGAUGUUGUAUCGAUUCUUCGGUUUUCCUACGUCUUUUCCGGUUUUCUCAUAUUUUUUACCAGUUUUUCACAUUUGCUGAGAAAACUGGAGAAAAUCGAAAAACUACCUCUUUAUAGUACCUUCCCGAUGAAAUUUCCUUUUAGAAAAAUUUCCAUCCUUCAAAAUUGGAGCAAAAUGCCGGUAGAAAAGUUGUCCCCAAGAAAAAAGGCCAUAAUAUUUUUAGCUAAUAUCUACAUUUCUUACAUUUUCCCGUGUUUUUUUUUCGGUUUUUCGCAUUUAAUGAGAAAAUUCUUGAGGGAAUUGAAAAAUAACCUUAAAGUACUUCCCCGCACCGAUUUACUUUCAGAAAAGAUGCUACACGUAAAAAUCGGAGCAAAUCCUCUAGUAGAAAAGUUGUCCACAGAAAAAAAAUAAACAUCUUUGUAAAACCAUAAGCUUCUUCGCUCCACUCAGAAUCUAAAAGAAGAAUGGCAUUAAUAAGACAGUACAGUUGAAAGACCAGUAGAGAGAAGACCAUACACUGCAUCAGUAAUAUUAAACGGUAGAUCUUGUAUUAGCAAGGAGUGAGUAAUAACCAAAUUAUAUCUUUCUUUUUUUUUUCAUAUAGUAAUGCAAAUAAUAGCGAGUACCUCGUGGAUCAAAAAUAUUUAAAUUUUUUUUAUCAUAUAAAUUAAGAAUCACUCUUAUAAUAAUAUAAUACGAUACACAAAAAUUCAUCAAUUUAAAACCACGCAAUAUAAAUAUGUGAUUCGUAUAAUAUUAUAAAAUCUAAGUGCCUAAAAAGUUAUAUUGUUGUGCCUGAAAAAUAGACAAUAAUUUUAUUGCCUGUGAUUUUAUUCUGCAGAAAAUAUAUUACUUUUUUUUCGAUGUGAAAAUAAUUUUGUUUAAAGAUAUAUAAAGAUAUACUAUUUGCACACACUAUUAUACGGUAUUUGAACCAAUUAAUCUGUCAAUCAUUUUGCAGGUCGUAAAAAAUAAUAUUAUAAUAUAAGUAGACGAUUAUGUAUUUCUUUCGUCUCGAUUAGACCAGUUUUAUGUCUAUGUCUUUUUUUUUUAUUAUUAUUGUUUGUCUGAAGCACCUCUCAAACAAAACACUAUACCUAUUCAUACUUCAUAUUUAUUAUUUUUUUAUUUUUUUUAUUACAUGUUCAUAACAGCUCGCCAAUUGUUUGUCGAGUUGGGUUUCCACACUUUUACUCCGGGGUUUUUGUAUGUAUAAUUUUUAACGGUUUUUUUUUUCUACAAACACGACGUGGUUUGUUUCAUACCAAGAGUAUCAUAUAUUUAUUUUUGAUGUAAAAUACUAUUUCCCAACUUCUUUUUUUCAUUCCACACCCCUUUCUAGAUUUCCAUAAUUCUUAUCACCUCCAUCGAGUUAAUAAUCUAAUAUCAAUAGCUGUAUUACUAUUGAAAUAAGUCAAAAACUGUCGUAAAAAUAUAAGUAUACUUAUACUUUUACGUUAUUCGGUUAUAACAGAAUAAUCGCCCCUUAAUUAAACGCCCUCCCACUUUGCAAUUAAAAAUAUCCACAAUGGGUUGGUAGCACUUACGUCGGAGUCAUUGAUUUAAAGAAUAAACUAUAUAAAACAAAUAUAGAAAAAUUGUAUUUAUUAAAAUAAACAAUAAAUGCGCCUAAAAUCUUUUUUGAUUUUUUUUUAUAUAUAUACUUUUAUAAAUGAUCCAGACGCAACAAUAAUUAGGGUUCAAAAACCGACUUAUUAUAAUAUUAUUACAUUUUCUUAAUAAAAAACAAACCAGUCUUUAGUUGAAUAAGCAAACUUCAAUAAAUGCGGUUGAAAUGGCAUUAUAAAACCAAUUACCUGAUGGUAAUCUAUAAUAAUUAUUAGGUAUAAGAAAACAGGGAUCAGUAAAAAUGUCCUCUUGUAGGUGUUUUUUUUUUAAAUUUAUAAUAAUAGUAUACAAUACAAUGUGUAAUUAUACUUAGGUAUCUACCUAUUGAAUUUAUUAUUUAUAAGGAAUAUAAUUAAUUAUUAGACAAAUUGACUGUGUUUUUAAUUGGUUUGAUAAAUUUAAUUGACUAUACUCGAGUCCUUAAUAUUGCGAUUGUAGAAAAAAAAAUGUAUUUAAAAAUAAAUAGGUACCUAUUUUUAAUAUACAUUUUUUGUCACAUUUUUAUUUAAACAAAAUGUCGUUUUAUCAAUACCUUUAUAAUGGAACCUACUGCGACAACCCGAUAGUAAUCUAUACAAUUAUGUAUAGGAAAACAUUUUCAACGUUUGUCUUCUUGCUUGAAUUUUUAUUAUUGUUUUUUUUUUAAAUUUGUACCCAUAAACAGUGAGUAAUAAAUACACUGUGAAUGUAAUUAUUAUAGAUAAUUCAUUAUAAUUUUUUCUAUAUUGAUAUUUUUUAGUUGGCUCGGUAAACUUAAUUGGAUAUAAAUGUACCUGUAGCUACUAUUAUAGUAAUCAGUUAUUUUAGAGAAACAAAUUGCCCAUUUAAAAUGUAAUAAUUUAUAAUUGGUACCUAUUUUUAAAGUAAAUUACUUGUAUUAAUUCAUUUUAAAUAAAAUAUAGUUUUAUCAGUCUCUAUUUAAUAUAAAUUUAAGGCAAAACUCCUUGAAACAGUUAGACUAUAACAUUGCUCGGUUUGCACAGUUCGCGGUGUACAAUAAUAUUAAUGGAUAAUAAUCGUGACCAAUUGACAAAACCGUGUCUCCAUUUUGAGUUUCUUCGCUGAACUGAAUUCUUUUCACUUUAAUGUUUAUAGUGUGAUAAAUGUACUUAUCUUAUUUAAAAAAAUAUAUAUAUUAUAGAAUAUUAUUAUUCUUCAGUUAAUCCUAAUAGCCGUUCAAGGACAAUUUAUUAAUCGAAAUUUAUUUAGAUCGAAAAUUGAUUUAAAAAUAGGUAGGUACCUACCUAGUACUUACACCAUGUAACGUAUAAGAUAUAAAUGUAUAACACUGUUGAACAUUUUGAAAUAUUUCUGCCACUCCUUCGUUUUAUAUUAAAAUUAUAAAUUUAAAAUUAUGUAAUUAGUUGAGAAUAUGUUGAAUGAUUGACUGUGUACAAACUAAUUCAAAUCGAUAAGUACUAUUUUUAUAUUACUAGUACUUACUGUUACUUUUGUAUAAGAUAUAGUUUCAGCUCAAAUCAGCUUAAAUUAUUCAAAAAUGAAUAGUUGAAUAAAAAUCAUAAAUUGAAAGAUAAUUAUUUACCCAGAAAACAAAAUGCAUAGACCACAACACAUAGAACUUAAAAUUGUGUCUACGUGAAAUAACAUUACUACCUACGUACUAUGUGGUAUUUUUAUAAAUUGUGAGGGCGCUAAUAAAUCUAUAGUUCGAUCACCAAGAGAGCUGUAGAGAUUUGUUGACGUGAAAAUUGAUAGGUCCCAAAAUUAAAAAAAAAAAAUUAAAAUUGACCAAUUGCUUUGUUCUUAUUUUCAUUUAAAAUUAUUAUUUAUCUAUUUUGUUUUAUACGUUUGAUGAAGUGUAUUUGAAAUUUUUAAAAGACGAUUUUAAAAUCAAUUUUAUGUGUCAAACAUACGCAAUUGAAUACAGUAUAUAUUAAAAUAUAAUGUGUUAGGUAACAUUAUCAUUGUAAAAUAUCACAUUAUUUUAUAAAAAUUAUUACACAAAGUUUAGUAAAGUUAUUAUAUGCGUAUAUUGAUAUUAGUCCACGGACUAAUUUUUAUUUGUAUAUUCUAGGUACUUUGAAAAUUAAACCACAUUUCUAGAAAAUGCUACUAUAAGUAUUAGGUGAAAAUGUCAAUUUUUGACAAUUCAUUUUCACCAAGUUAAAAAAAAAAAAAACAAAAAUAUACUUCUGAUGGAUGUGCCGUUGUUAUAGGUAGAAAGUUGGGAAUGCAGGAUACAUAGAGCUAUUUAAUUUAGAAUUGAAUGCAACGACUAAUAAAAUAUGAAAUUUGGUUAAACAUAUUUUAAAAUGCCGUAAUUUGUACGUAUUUCGUUAAAAUUUGGAUUUAAAAAACUACUAAAAUAAAAUCUAACGUUUCAUGUUGACUAUUAAGUAAAACUGAUAAUGUGUUAAAGCUAAAAAGUUAAAAGGCUACUUAGAAAAUCAAAAAAUGACCGCCUCAAUAUAUCAACUAGAUUCAAAAUUCUAUAAAAAAGUUCUGUUGUCGUUUUUGAUUGAAGCAAUAUUUCUGGUAGAAAAGUCGAUUACAGACAAAAAGAAAAAAACGCACGCACAUACGCUUGGUUCAGAAUCUAAAAGUAUUUAAUUUCGUGCAGCGGACGUCACAAAAUUGAAAAAUAAUAUGUGUUAACGUUAUAAAUAAUAUUACGUAAAGUGAUUUUAUGGAUUUACACAUUUUUACGCAUAAACUAUAUUGUCCUGUUUAACGAAUGGAAAUUUACACACGAAUAUGAUGAUAAACAGAAUACUUAAUGUUAUUCACAUCAUAUAUAUAAACAUAAUAUUACGUACCUAAUCGUCAACCGCGUUUUAUUGUUAUGUUAUUAUUAUUUUUUUUUUCAUGAAAUUCGUAUCGCAUAUUUACAUCUAUCGGAUGUUAUAAAUUCGCACAACCGUAAUAUUAUAGUAUAACAAUACAUUUAGGUACAUGCGCAGUUUAUCGACUGCGAUAUUAUAUUACUCUAUUGCCCGAUUCCGCCGUAUAAUAUAAUAUUGUGUUCCUUAAAACAUAUAUUUUAAAACGUGUCAUGUGCUCGUGUGUCGAGAAAAAAAAUUCAAUCGCGUGUCCUAUACAUUAUUAGUUAUAAUCUUUUGUGAUUUUUGUUUUUAUAGUUUCAAACUUACGGCCAUCACGGUGUAAUAAUACAACCGUGUUACAACCGUGUGGUUCUAAACAAAAACGAUAACACGACAACACACGUGUAUAGGUAUAUACGAUUGUUGAAAGCGUUGGUUUUUUAUUUUUGUACAAUCAUUUACACGCUAUAGGUACGUUAAAAAUCGAUUUCCCAAAACACGUCGAAUCGUAAUAAUAUAACGAGAUAAUGUUAGAUAUUAUAUCUACAAACUGCGACGGAAUUUUUUUUUUUUUUCAACAGACGUGUACGCGGACGUAAAAAUAUACAAUAUCAUAUACCGACUGACGGUUUGUCGAUAAAAACCUUUUUAUUAAAAAAAAAAAAACAAUCUCGACAACAAUGUACAAUAUACUCGUGUGUAGCGCUGCGGCGGUUGUAACCUCGGCCCAGACGGAUUUUUCGACCGAGGCACAUCUAAAGUGUACGGGCACCUGACCUAUGCGAGUGUGUAUAACAAUACGCGCGAAACGAUAAAUUAAUAAUAAUAAGUAAACGUAUUACGUAUAUAUAUAUAUAUAUGGAUUAUGUUAUCGUAUGUUAUUAUUUUUGUAACUUUCGAAACGCACGCGUACUUCCUGAUUGUUGUCGGUCCGCGCGCGAGCGUUUCCUCCUUUGUAAAAUAUGUCCGGGCCGAGACCCGAUCGAGAUUUAAUAACAUUGCCGUGUGCUGCGCAAAGUCCAGUCGACCUUGUCUGCAGUCGCCGGUCGUAUUUUAUUUGUUAUGGUUUUUUCGUUGCGCGUGCGACCGGCCGACGACAAACCGCGGCGUCGCGGUUCGGUCCCGGGCGAAAGCUCGGAAGUGUAACCAAUAACAGUGUGGCGCGCGCGUGUUACUAUUGCGUAUCCCCCCGGUGUAGUUUUGGUGCGCGGUGCAGCGACGACGGCCGGGGAAAACGUAUAUCAUAGGCGGAUAAUCGUAUCGCGGGCGCGCGCCGGCGGAGACCGCGUUAGAGGCCAACGCCGCCGCCGCCGCGCGGCCCGGAGACCUUGCUCGGCCUCAUCCCACUCCGGAGAGGAAAAAAAAAACGUACAAAAUCGUAGGAAAAAAAAAAAAAUAAAUAAAUAAAAAAAAAAAGAUUGUCUCUCCGAACAACAUCCGCCGUCUCCGCCGCCGCAGCGCACGUUCUGUUUCGCGGUCCCGUCCGGAGCAACAGCCGCCGACGAAGUUUCGCACAAUAAUAAUAAUCCACUCGCAGACCGCGACCGGUAUUGUUGUUAUUUCCAUUUUUAUUGUGUUGUUAUCAUCGGCGCACACGACCGCAUCGUAACGCCGAUCCGCCAUCCGCCACCAGUAUCCGUCCGGUUACCGAUCAGCACGCGCGUCGUCCGAACAUAAUACGCCGGUGACCAGCCGCCGCACGUGACGAAGUUUUUUUCUUUUUUUUUUUUUUGUCUAUUUAUUCGCGGAUUAUUUUUUAAUAUAUAUAUUUCGCUAAUAUCUCGCCGAUAACAACUUACUGUAAAACAUGCGUAGGCGGUGCCGACGAAUCGUUCGCGAACUGUUCACGAACUGUUGUAUUGUUGUCGUCGCGUAAUCGGUGCGCCGUCUGAAAAUAAUAUUCACGAGUGUGAAAACAGGGUACACUCGACUGGUUUUCGUGCGGACAUGUGCCGAAGUUCCAACUGAUCCGGCCAAAAACAAAAUAGCCGAGAUCGCCGUCGCCGAACGGACCAGUUUAUCGCCGAUUUUUCCCCGUGCGACAACGGCAACGUCAGGUUUGUGCUUUGACCGAAAUUUCAGUUUUCUUUUCAGAUUUUUAACGUAUCCACGUGGAACGUAUAAUGCGGGUUUCACUAAAUAAUAAUAAGUACGUGCGAUUUUUUUUUUUUUUUUUUGGACUUUUAUUACCCGAAAUCUUUAACCGAUCAUCGACUUCGGGAGUGGGUUUCCGGUAGCAAAUUUUGACUGGUCUGUUCCGUUGGGUGUGCACAGUGAUUUUUUUUUAAAAUUUUUUUUUUCCUGAGUAGUUUUCUGAAUUGGGCCGAAACAACAGACAAACAGGAAUAGUUACAUGGUACCGGUUUCUGUUGUUUUCGAAUUUGGUUUUUUUUUGUUGUAUUUUAAUGUGACAUAUUCAUAGAGAUCUGAAUUUACACCGAACACUUAUAUCAGCGGGUGGUGGAUGUUAUGAUCACAGUGUUCGUAUAAUCAUUUUUUUUUUUUCUGUAUACUUUCGAUAUAUUAUAUUAUAAUUACUGUUCGAAAGUCGUGUAACGUGUAGAAAAAAAAAAAAUUAAAUUAAACGAAGAAAGCAAUAAUAUAGGACUAAUACUCCAUCUAUUUAUGGAUAUUUUAAUAUAGGUUUCCGUUCGAAAAUCUAAAGUAGGUAAUGGUUUUACCCCCAAAAAUUAGGGUGAUAAAAAAUAGCAUAAAUAUAAAAUUGUAGAGCUGAUCGUUUCUUAAAUGUUCUAGAAAAAAAAUUACGAAAAAAGUUAAUACUUUCCGAGAUAAUGAGGGCACCCAUUUAAAUGGAUCACCCGUUAUUAUACGGUGCCUACGUAAUAUUUAUCGAUUCGAUAAUGAAAUGUUAUGUUUUAACGAUUCAAUUGUUUUGUUCUUUAUUAUAUGUAAUAAAAUUUAUUAAUGAUUAUGAUUCUACUUCGUACCCAUAUAUUAUUUUAUAUGAUGCAAUAAUUAAACUCAUUAUUAAUAAAGUGUAAGUAUACCAACAUAAUACAUUAUUAUAGAACUUUCAUUCGAAGAAUAAGUAGCUAUAAUUGAAAGUGCUUUUAUUUUUUAUAAUUCUCGUAAUUUGAAUAACUGGUAGAUAAUUAAACUGCAUUGUAUCGAGAUCAAACCUAAGAUAUUAUUUAUUUAUUUUUUUAUUAUUAUUAUUACUAGCGCAUUAUUUUAAAUAUGUCUUUUAUAAUAUAAUGCUUAGGUCCUAUACCUACGCGUUUCAUAAUAAUAUUUUACUUUAGAAAUACACAUAUUACUAUCGUUAUAAAUACAAAGCCAUUUUACGUAUGAACGCUAAAAACGUUAUACAAUUCUUAAUUUGUAAAACAUCGAUGAAAAUAUGCAUUAACUGAAUCUACAAACCAUAAUUCGGACUGGUUUGUUUAUAAGUUUAUUUGUUUGUAUUUAAUUUUAAAAACAAUCUGCACUUAUGUGAGUUGCUCAUUAAAGAAGAAGUGGAAUAUGAUAUACUUAACAAUAUUAACAUUUUACCACUAUAACUUUAUAUUGGUUUCUUAUUACAUACACUGGAUAUUAGCCGAUAGCCCGAGAAGCAUAAUAAUUUAUUUCAGUGGCGUUCCCGGGAGUUUUUAAUGGUAGAGGAUGUAGCAAAUAAUAUAAUUAUGAAUAGGUAAAUCGUAGUAUCUUCUUAUUUUAUACCUAACCUAAUAAAUUUGACAAUAUCAAUUUAAAAGCCAGAUUGAAAAGAACAAUUUUUAUUCAGUAAAUUAAGCUUUCUUUCCUUGCAACUUGGCUAAAUUAUAAAAUUGGUACUCAUAGUUGUUGUAUUAUUAAACCAAUUAGAGAAUAUAACACCUAUCCCUCUCUGUGCACGCCACUGAUUUGUUUAUAGGUAUAUAGUAUACAAAUCUCUUUAAUAAAGCUGUGCACAGAAUACGUUUAAAUAAAAUUCUAUACGAAUAGUUAUACGAAAAAAAUCAAAAUACUUGGCCGUUAUUCUAUAUUUAAUUUAUAGAUUUAAAUACGGUUAUUGAAAUAACAAUACCCAAUUGCGAUACAAAUAUAUUGAUUAUUUAUGUCGACCGAAUAAAUAAUAUUUGCUAAUAUGCUAUUAUGCUAAAACUUCUGAAGCAGUACUUGCUCAAGUAAUAAAAAAAUUUCAAACACAUUAUACAUAUUACAUUUAAUUUAACAAGUGACGGUGAAAAAUAAACACUUCUGUAUAGGAAUAAUAUAAAACAAAUUCCAACAGUGAAAGGUUCAAACAGUCUCGACACUGCAACAGAACACAUGGUGCAUACACGACGUCUAUUAUAUUGUUGAACUUGAAAUACGUUUACAAUAAUUAUUUUUAUUAUGGUGUAAUUUAAAUAAUAUUUGAUAUUUUUAGUCAAUCUAAGCAUAUACCUUUAGACAGUAUAAAUUAAUUACAAAUCUUUCUUUUUCUUCCGGUUUACGCACACCGUCGUUAUAUAACUAUAUUAAUAGUUAAUUAUUUUACUUAUAUCAUUUUAGUAAAUCACGUAUAAUUACUGAUGUAAACAUGUAAUAUUAGUUUCCCGAAAUAUUUAUAGGUAAAUACAAUUAAUAUUCGGACGAAUAAACGUAUUGUUUUCGUUAUAGUCUAAAGGAAAGGAGCAGUGGCCAUCGGCGAAAACUAUUAUUAUCAAGACCUUUAUAAAAUAUUCUUUUAGAUUCUAAACGAAGCGAGAUAAUGUAUCCACUUAAAAUCAUAUCAUAACUAUACCAUAUCAUUUAUAUACUUAUCAAUAUACCAUAAUGUAUUUUUUUUAUUUUUUUUAUUUAUCUCUUCAAUUUUCUACCAGAAAUCUUACUCUAAUCGAAAACAAUAUAGGAACUUUCUAGUAGUAUUUUUGAUCAUAGUUGGUGCAUUGGGAAAGUCAUUUUUUAAAUAAAUCGGAAAAAUUUGCAAUUUUUAUUCAUUUUUUGGUUACCUGGGUACAUACAACUACAAAAUACUAAUACAUAAAUUGUAUUUAUACAUUUUACGUCACGACUUUUAACAAAAAAAAUAAUUAUUGAUCUAGGCUCUUGGCUCUUGAGAGGAAAACUUCUCCAUCCUUCUCUUCGUAAAUCUUACAUUCGAAAAGAUAAUCUGAGUGACAUAUCAAUUAUUAAAACUACAAUCGAUGUGACUGAUUAUACCUGCAUCGUAAAAAUGAUCAAAAUAUCAAAGUAAAUCCAUUUUCAUAAUUCUAAUAAAUUUACGUAUACAAUUAAAGUUCCAUCGCAAAUAUCUUGUAUUUGUAGAUAUAUAAACAUCAGUUUAAUCGAUUUCAUCAUAUUUUUUUUUUCGGAACUAAGAAUUUAUUUUUCCAUUGGUUAUUGAAAAUGGCUAAUAAUAUUAUAAUACUACUGCUAUACGAUACUAAUCACAUUAAAUUGCCAUACCGAUAUCUACACGAUCAUUUAUUUAUUAAACUUUAUUUUUACAAUCUAUCAAAAUCCAUUGUUACAUGCUACAGCAAUAUUAUGUAUAAUACUUGUUUGUAAUUAAUCAGGUGAAGGCGUUGUAAUAUAUUUGCUUCAUUUUCGUAGGUAUUAAUGCAAUAAUACGACGUUAUUUACAUUUUUAAAUACUAGCACGUUUUUUUUUACCAUCAUAAUUAUUAUUUCACAAAAAAAUUAUCCGGAUAAUCGACAAUCAUAAGUAUACAAGCCAAUAAAAUAUCACCGUGCCUAUCUUUUGUAAUAUACUUGACAUCAUUUUCAAUUUAUUUGAGACGACGAUAUAUUGCAACAUUCAACCAUUAUAGAUAGGUACCUAUUUUUCAAAUCAAUCUUUGGAUGCGCCGCGACUUGUAAUAUUUUAUAAUAAUAAUAUUUACACAUAUAAGUCCUACGGCUGUAAGUUUUGUUUACCUAUACACCUAACCUAUAAAUAAUCAACGGCCAUGGGAAUGUAAUGUAUCCUAAAUAUACAUUCUUUAAUUUAUUUAUCGUGCAUGUAUAUCUACCUAAUAGUUACGAGUUACAUAAUGUAUCGUAAAAAUCAAAAAAAAAUUUUGGUUUUUGUAAAAAAAACCGUUUGAGAUCUUGAAGACAUUUCGCCCGGAGUAUUAUAAAUAUAUUGGCCUAGAAUAAUAAAUUAUUAAAGGUAGGUAUAUAACGUGAGUUUCAAAACAACAAUCAUCCAUUCGAACGCAAAUCACGAUUUUUAUUAUUUCCCCGAUAACGUUUGAAUUGCUUAACGAAUAUACCUUAUAUAUGAGUAUUUCGGCGGCAUGAGUGGGUAGACAUCAUAAGAGUAUAGGUAUAUUAACUGCAAUCCCGACUGUUAGCUUUUUGUUUUUAUAUUAUAUAUUUUUCACGAGUUCCCGUGUAGAAAUUAAAUAAAUAAUAAACUUAACCAUUAUCGAACUGAUUUGUCGUUAUUGCGCUGCAUAUUGUAUUGUACAGACGGUUGACAAAAGAACUAGAGCAAAAAAUUCGUGUGGCAAAGAUCAACUGCACCACUGUAGUAUUAUAUGCGUCUUAUAAACAGUAGCUGCAGCAGCCACACACGCGACCACAAAAGUCACUUAUAUUAUAUUAUUUGCCCCGACCUUGGUCACACCCAGAACUGGUUACUAUAUAUAACCUAACCUAUGCGGAUCUGCUUUACAAAAUCAACAUAAUAUAGGUACCUGUAUACGCUAUACGAGUGAAUUUUCAACCGGUGCAUUUUUUUUCAUUACAAUAUCGAAUUUUUCGUAAAGAAUCACGGUUUUUUCCACGCGCUACGUUAAUCUGCUUAACCAUGACCAUAAUGCUUGUUUAUUUGAAACGUUAUUUGCGAUCCAUCACAAAAUAAUAUAAUAUAAUAAUAUUUACACGUUUUUUGUUAAGUAUUAUAUAUAAUAUAAAUCAUGUAUACUCUCAAAAUGUUUUUAUACAGAUGUAAUGAUUAUACUCAUUAAAAUUCGGUAUAUCGAAUAUAUAUAUAAUCUUCUUCUUCUUGAAGUUUCUAUUCGUUUCGGAUAUUGAAAAUCAUAUUUAAUAUUAUUUAUCUUUCGUGUUAUUAUUUUAUGAUAUUCGUUAUCUUUUAUAUUUCAAUCACGAUUUUCUUCGUCUUCCCAUACUUCUUUUACCUUCUAUUUUUCCUUGGAGUAUAAGUUGCAACAAUCAAUAUCAUCUUUGCAGGUUAUUCCUUAUUAUAUGACCCAGAUAUUCUAAUUUCCGUGAUUUUAUAGCCAUCAGUCAUUCCUUUUCCUUUUGCGUUCUUUGAAGUCCUCUCACGGUGGAUACUUGAUCUGUCCAUGGGAUACUUAGAAUUCAACGAUACAAUCAUAUUUCAAAUGCCUCAAUUUUCCUGCUCGAUGUUUCAGUUAAUGUCCAUGUUUCAGCUCCAUAUAAUAAUAUAGAAUAUCUAUGUUUAUAAUAAAUAAUAAAUAUAAUAUUUCUGAAUUUGUUCGUAGUUCGAAUAUGCCUGUCUAUUUAUAUUUGUAAUUUUACCGUGCAUUUAAAAAUAUUCCCAACUUUGCGAACAUACAAUGUUAUAAUAAUUUUAAUUUUGUGUUGUUUUUUUUAUAGAAUGAAGUGGCUCAGGGCUGAUGGAGGACCCGUGUUUUACAGUUACAGUAACCGUACGCCUGUCACGGGGGACGUACAAAUGAUAACGACUUGUCUGGUUUUCGGUACUAUUUUCACAGCUUUUCUCAUAAUUUUCCCGGGAGUUCGUAAAGAAGUGAGUACAUAAAAAUACAUAUUUGAACAUCAAAAUGUAAUUUGUUAUAUAUUAUUAAAUAAUAAAUUAUUAUGUACUCGUAUAAGUACUGAAAAAAUUUAAAAAAAUUGUUUCCAAGUGUAACGAAGAAUGUUUUAGCUUUAUUAUGAUAAGUUUGAUUUUUUUUAUUCGUUGUCUAUGACAUCUGUAACCAAAUUUUAUACCAGAAAUCUUACUCCAAUCAAAAAAUUUCAAAAAACAAUUUUUUUGUUGUAUUUCGGAUCUUGUUUUUUAGAAUGUUUUUAGCAUUUAGAAUGUCGUUUUGUUGAUUUUUCGAGUAGUUUUAUUUUGAGAAAUACCAGAAAAAACUGUAAAACUGGAAACUUUACGGAAUUAACGGUUUCAUCAUCUUCGAUUUUGGUUUAUCAUUAGUUUUUAUUUGGUUUUGUAUUGAUAAAAUUAUUCGCCUGAACAGAAAUACUCAAAAAAUUAACACGAGGUUCAUCAUCAAAUGUAAUUAGUUUUUGUGUAAUUAAUAAAAUAAAAUAAAAUAAAAUGUAAUUCAAAUUUUUACUAAAAUCGUAAAAAUCAUGGUAUAUGAAAAAAUCGUUAACCGAACUUCAUUCAUAAUCGUAUUUCGUUAGCAAUGAUUUAUCACCGCAUACAAAUACAAAUUAAAUAAAUUAAAUAAUACGUAUCCUGGAUUUUCUAUUUUUUUUUUCUUGUUAUUCCGGUACACAUAUAUAAAUUAUGUUUGAUAAAAAAAUAUUAUGUACACAUGUGGUGCAAUAAUAUACUUAUUGCAUAUAAGUAUAUGCAGCAUCAGUCACGUCUUAUACCUAUUCCUUCCGGAAUGAAAGUUUAAACCUUGUCAACUAAUAGUAUAUAAUAAUAAUAUAUACUUACACUUCUACCUGCAGGUAUGGAUGGUAAUGAAAUUUUAUUUUUAUUUUUUUUUCCAGAGGUUUACCACCUUCAUAACCGUCACCUUGAGUUUAUUUGUUGGAAACGUCAUAAUGCGUAAGUUUUUAAAAUUAUUUAUCCGUAUCGAUUAUCAGAACAACUGAUAGGUGUAAAUCCGCUUAGAACUCUCGGGGGUGCUCAAGUCCUUCCAAAACUUACUCAUCACCUACCCGUGAGGGACUCAUUUUCCAUAAAUCACAAAUACCCAACCAUUUAUUAUUUAAUAAAUACUUAUGUGUUUUAUACACAAAUACUUUUGUUUUAAUAUAACUUACUAUAAUGUGGAUUAAAAUUAAUUAAAUACUUUGAAAAGAACAUUUAUUUCUCAAACAACAAAAUGUUCGAAUUAAAACAAAUUAUUCCCGUGGAUCGAAAUGUCCGUGAAAUAAAAUCGCACCUUACCAUUUUGAACCACAUAAUAGUUUAAUAAAGUACAUAACCAAAAAAUUACGCUCGCCCGCGAAGAAAAAAAAACGAGUAAAACUAAUGCUACCUAUACUUUAAAUAAUUUAUAUCAUUUAUUUGUAUAAAAAUCUUUUUAAAUGAUUUUUUUUUAAUCAUCCAACAAUCAGACAUAUCUAAAAAGUUUUUUUGAAGCAAUGUCUGCCAAUAUAGAUAAAUACUAAAUUUACCUGCAUAAUUAUUAAGUAGAAACAAGCUAUUUACAACGUAUUAAGUAUUAAAAUUAAUGAUAUAAUAAUAUUUUUUCAUGGAAUAUGUCGGAGGGGGGCUUCUUUUGAUUUUGGGGUACAAAGGGUACCCUUGGAAUUUGCACCUAUUCUUAUAGUUGUGUGUACAAUAAGGAUAUCUUGAGAUGUUUUAAAAAAUUAAAAAUAUGUAUUUUGAAUAAACAAAUAUUAAUUUAAAAAAUAAUAAUGUUUAUUCUGAGGUAUAUGAACUUUAAUUAUUGUCAGCUUACAUUAUUGUUAUAAUAGAAUACCGAUUUAUUGUUAUUAUUAUUAUAUAUAAUAACAGUUACUAUACGUAUCAGACAAAUGCAUUACGAACUCUGUAAACGUUAUAUUAUUUGCGAUUUACGGAUCUUGACCAUGAAAUAACGACCGUUCAACCUUGUCGCGGUUACAAUAUUUCCUUAGGUAUUUGUUUAAAAAAAACCGCAUUAAUUACAUACAGAGUGAGCGAUUUUUAACGUUUGACUAUGUUCUAUAAUCCUGUAAUAGGUAGUUGCCUGCAAUUGGUCGGUUUAAACACGAUUUCAAAUUACUUUGGAUCUUUAUAAUUAUACGUGUAGGUAGGUAUAUAAAUAUGAAAAUAAUACAAUUUAUUAGUCCGGUUAUAAUAAUAUAUUCUUCUCGUUUUUGUAUAACCGGGUGUAUAUAAUCUGCAAGAACGGUUAAACAGGUAUUCGACAACGAUUAAAAAGGCCAGUACAAUUAGUUAACAAAUUCGAAAUAUAAAAUUCAACUUUUAAAGAAACAAAAACGUUUUAGUAAAAAAAUCGUCAUAUUUUUUUUUGAAACUAAACGCAAACUAUCGAUAUUGUCGAUAUUGUUUAUCGUGUGUAUGUAUCAUACAAAGUAAAUCGUCCAGCACUUUUUGAGUGUUGUGAGUGGUUGGGUUAGAAUAAGGACUUGAACAUUUCAUCGUAUUAUGUAAUAUUAAAUACAGUUAUAUUUAUUAAUUUUUUUUUGUGGUGUGUAUGUGCAAAUUACAUUUUAACUUAGGAUUUUAGUCAUUUUAAAUAUUGGCACUACUGAUCAAUAAUAAUAAUAAAUGUAUUAUAUUAAUAUUUUAUAAUAUUUUUGAUACGUGAAAUAUUGAAAAACUCAGAGAACGGAACGCCAAUAACGCUGUUCUAUGUGAAUCUCCCUUAAAUUUCGUGGUCUAUAAUUAUUAUCAUUAUGCACAUUUAAAAUAUAAUAUUAUACAGUGUGCACGCAAACGCAACGGCGUGUCGGAUGUUGUGUAUAUUAUAUAGAUAUAUAACCAAACCGUAUCUUCGGGCAACAAUGGCAUUCGUCCGGAAUAAAAACCACAAUCGGUUACACUGUAUAAAAGUCAAGGAAACCAUAGUUCGACUACCUUGACGGUCCGGAUAUAAUAUUAAAUACCGAUCUUUUUUUUUACUUCCUAUAUUUUAGUUCAACUGCAGUAAACAUGUGUACGUAUAUAUCUACAAUAUAUAAUAAUAUAAACGUUCGUUUAUACAUGACGCAUUCCUCGGCGACUAUACAUAUUGUGAUAUAGUACCAAAACUAUUCGGCCUUGCCAAAAAAAAAGUGCAAUCGUUGAAUCACAUGUAUACUAAUAUUAUAACCGACCUUCUCGAUCACUGCACUAAAUAUCGCGUUUACGUAUAUUUCAUAGUGUUGCAGAUAAUAAUAACAAUUAUAAGUAUAAUAACAUGGCGGAUGUAUUAUGUUUUUGUUUUUAGGCUGGAAAAUCGUCGCACGAUUUCGAUCAUUAUAAUGUACGCAAUAACGUUAAAUGUUUAAAAUUUGUAGUGAUUUCAGUAAAUUCCCUAUUGUCGUAUUGUAAUAUAGUUUACCUAGCAGACUUAUUACUCGACUUAAUGUCGACCUUUAAUCAUUAUUUCCGCUUCAGAGUGAUGUUUUCACUGGGUUUUUUUUUUUUAGUUUUAUUUUUUCAGAAAAAAAAUGAUUAUUCUGGUUAUGCGCGUUUACUAUUCGUAAAAAGUGGAUUUCGGUUUGGUUCAUUAGUCAUUAGGCCAUAGCGUUGCUAUUAAUUUUGUCCCAUUCAUUUGUCAAAUUAUAUAUUUUCUUCUGUCUGCAUAUUAUUGUCCGAUUCGUCCUUCGCAAUAAUAUACCAAUACUGAAUACCGACUGCUACAGAGGUAAAAGAAAUGCGGGCGAUAUUUUAUCGAGAGAAAAAUAUUAUCCAAUAAUAAUAAUAAUACUGAUGUAUUUGUUGAAAAUCAUAAUAUAUAAUAAUAGAGGAUUGAUUUGUCAAAUCUCAAUUACCUUCGGAAUAAAAAACGAAAAAUCGCUUCUGGAACAUUUUUUUUUUUUUAAAUAUUAUAACAUUAUUAUUAUUAUUAUUAUUUUGUUCGAAGGACUUUUAUUAUAUAUACGACAUAAAUUUUUCGGAACCAAACAAACACAUAACGAGUUAAGCAAUCUGAGAUGAAUUUAUAAUUACAUAUUUGUAUUUGAUUCCCGACAGAUUUUUCCGAUUUCGAAUUUAUCCAAUGAUUUUCGGCGCUCUUAUCGUCGUAUACCUGUCCGUAUAAACUAUUCACUAGUUUUUAUGCGUCGUUAUAACGACGCUUAUACGGCUACAGCAUUAUAUUAUUGCGAAAUAGGGUAUGGUUUAAGGAAUUUUUUAAAUAGGUACUUAUAGCGAAAUCAAAUUACCUUUUUCUAUAUUUUAAUGCAAAUUCCGCCCAAUUAUUGCUAUUUAACGAAUGAUGUUGUGUAUUAUUUAAUACGUAGGUAGGUACGUACUUGCCGUAUAUAAAUCGUUCGCUGCAGUACCGCAAAUAUUCGCAAUAGUAAUUAGUACCAAUUACAUUUUUUUUUUUUUUUCAUUACCACUCUUUCCACUACACCUGUACCUAUAUUAUAUCAGAUAACUGUUACUUUGUAAAACUUACCAAGGGACGUCGAAACAUUAACAUGCACCAUUAAUAUUAUACAUACAUUAUAAGUACGUACAUUUAUUAAAUAUAGUUAUGUAAUAUCAUAUUACAUUAUAAAUGACAUUAAAACUACCAAUAAUUAUCUUUUAUCAUAUAAUAUAAAUUAUACACCUUUAUACAAUAUCACGAUCGUGAGGCGUUCUACUGUAUAAUACAGAUUCAGGUCGAUUUUGGUCAUUUAACCCAGAAAUCAUAUUUUAUUACUGCACAUAUAUAAUACAUAUUAUACAAAUAUUGAAAUAUGUAUAGUUAGAUUUAAUAUUUUUUUUUUAUAAUUCGCACUGAUAUGGUUGAUUUCUACAUGUUUAAGUUGUGCAUGUAAUAAUUAAUAACGAUUUAAUCUUACUGAAAUUAUUUAAAAAAUUAUAUUAUUACAGUUAAGGUGCCUUAGACUAUAACAUUUGUUUUUUCAGGUCUGUCUCGCUCGUAAGAAAUAGCAACAAAUGCAUCCCGCAUUUCAACGAUUACGACUCUGGUCAGAGCAAACGAACCUAUUAUAAAUGUUAUGAAAAAGAGUUAUUACUGUGCCAAGGCACCUAAUGAUUUUUUAAUAUGGCCGUUUCUUAAUAAAAUGUUAAUAGUUUAAAUUAAGUUCAACUAAAACACCCAUAGGUAUAAUAAUAAAAAAUUAAAAUAUUUAAAAAAUAAUUUGAUCAAGGCAUAAAUGUUUAUUAUUCCUGCUAUAAUACCCUCUUCUUUAUAAAAAGUAUAAUAGGUCCUUAUACCCUAAACUCAACCAAUAAGUCGCGAUCGUUGAAGUGUGAAAUGUCCUUGUUGUUAUAUAUUACGCGUGAGACAGGCAAAAAAAACUAGCCAUGUCGGUGAAGAGGUCUUCAAUGAGGUUCUCAUUAAGAAAAAUUAUAUAGUUCAAAUCGUGUCUAAGACAACAAAUGUCCAAAAUGUUUUUUUAUAUGUUUGAGAUAUUUUUGUGGCCAUUUUCGGUUUAGGUACUCAAACCUGCAAUAGUUUUACAAAAUAUUAUACAGAAUGUCUCUCAAAAAUAUACCCGUUGUAAUAUCACCGAAAAUAAUAAAGAUAAUCAAUUCUGUUUUUAUACUACUCACAGAGAUAAGGUCUGCAAAUAUUUAUAUUUAAAUUAAUUUUUUUAUAUUUCGGUAAAAAACUUAAAAAUAUAAUUUUUUAUUUUAUUAUUUUUGAAAAAUGUGUAGAUAGCUAUUAAAUAUAGUUUAUUUUUCUAGAAAUGUUGACAUUUCAACUUUUUAUUUUUAUUAAAUUCGUGAUUUUAAUGAUUUUCUAAAGUUCAGAGAAAAGUACCUAUAAUUAUGCAACAGGUUGUAAUCACAUUCUCUUAUUGAUUAUUAUUAUUAUUUUAUUGUCUAAAAACUUUUUUUUCAGCCUGUUACAUAGUUCUGCAAAAUUUUCAGAAGAACAAACUCAAUCAAAUUUUUUGAAAUUAAUAAAAUAAAAACAUUUUUUUUAAGUAUGUUUUAUCGAAACAUAAAAAAAUAAUUAAAAUAUAAAUAUUUGUAGUUCUUAUCCUUGCGAGGAAUAUCAAAAAAAAAAAAUUGAACUUGAUUAUCUUUAUUAUCUCAGCAGAUAUUGGAAUGGGUAUACCUUUGUAGGACACCCUGUAGACACCAACAGAAUAUAUUAAAGUCCGUUGGAAAAUGAUUUCAGCUUUCGAACGUUGUUCCCUAUUGCUUAAUAUAUCUUACAGUCUCCAUUAUUUUUGGAAAGUGAGAAUUUUGAGUAAAGUUUUAUCACGUUCGAUUAUUCGGAUUGUUCUAUUAUUCGUUCACUACUAUGUGUUUAAAUGCGUUGGCCACAUGUUAUAUAAUAUUAUACAUUGAUGCGAUAAUGCGAUACUGACUCGAUACGUGCUUGUUUUCGGAAAUAUUUUUUCAAACACCUAAUUCGGAAUGUAAUAUUGUGUUACGUUAGCUUAUGAUCUCUUUUGAUAUUACUCUUAAAUCGUCCAAUUCGAGUUAGUAAGAUUAAUCAAUAUAAAUAUAUAUAAUUAAGUCUUCGCAUUAGGUACAUAUUAUUAUGCGAUAAUUAUUCAUAUUCGCCUUACUGUGCACAAUAAUGCCGUGUUUUCAUUCAACGAUUUUCCGGCAAAAUCUCGGAAUUAUAAACACAAUGUGGUUUAUACACAAGUGAGGGAAAAAAACCAACGACAUUUUGGGGAUUUAAGUACUUUCCAUAUAGGUGGGUACUUAGGCUAGUAGCUUAUAAUGACACUUACUUAUAAUAUAUGGCAGUUUUCACCGGUAAUCAGAUGUAAUUACGCUUAUGAAACGAUGUAUGUGUGUGCGCUGAUUAUCGCGAACAAUAGAUGCAAAAAAAAAACAAUAUUGUUUUUCCCGUCAAUCUUCAAGGAUAUACAUCAUCAUGCAGAUAUAUACUUACACCGUAACAGUUUCAAGGAUUGAAAAUUAUAACUAUAUUGUUAGUAUAAUAUUAUGUUAUUCCAGAAAAAUAAUGAAAUUAAUUAAACGCAUGUAUGUAUAAUAUAAUAUGUGUGUGUGUGUGUGUGUUUAUCUACACACACAUAAUAAUAUUAUUAUGUAUGAGGUAAAAGAAAUCUGAGCGAAAAAAAUUAUUGUGAAAAUUGCGUAUAUCGUAAUAUAGGUAUGCAUGUGUGACGCAUAUUUCAUUAGGUGAAAUUAUCGACAGAAUUCACCGAGGUUCAGUUAUAUCGUACAUGUUUUGAAAUGUCAUGAUUUUUACGAUUUUCGUCAAAAUUUGAUAGUUUUUUUUUCCAUUUAUAAUGAACCUCGUGUUAAAUUUUCAAGCAUGUCUAUUUGGUCAAACAAUAAUUGUAUCCACAUAGUACCUACCAAAGAAAAUUUAUGUAAAUAAACUAGAAUUUGUAAAAUGCCUAUAAAAACAGCUCAAAAAUAUUUUAUGAAUAUUUGAAACUUUUACUACGACUAGAAAAAGCCAGUAUGAGAUUUUUGUGAACAUUUCAAGUUUCUACGAAUAUUAUUAACCGAAUAACCUUAAAAUAACAAAACAAAACUAAAAACAAUGAAACCAUUAUUUCCAUCAACUUUCGCAUUCUAUACGAGGAUAUAACACUGUCACAAAUAAAAUAUGUGUAUGUUUCGACUACGCCGUAUGUAAACAAAUAUCUUAUGUACAGACGGUGGUUUACAUAACCGAUUAUUAAAAUACGUAAUUUACCAUCCAAAGCUGAUUAAAAUACAUAUAGUACUCUAACAUUAUUAUCGAGUAUUUUUAUAUCUUAGCAGCUGCCUGUAUACUUUCGACACCGUUUGGGUAUCUGCUUGCAAGUGCAAGUAUCCGAGCACAUCGGGGUUUGCGUUUUCCGACCAUUCUCACAUUAUAUUAUCGAAUUUUGUACAUGAACGUUCGGACCCAGUGGAAGAUUUGAGUCUAAUUUAAAUAAGAGGAAGGAAAUUGAUAUCAUAUGUACUUACAAGACCGUAACUGAAAACAAAAUUUAGAGAGGAAGUUGAAGGGGGGGAUAAUAUUUGUUUAAUAUACUAUCCAUUAUUUGUAUUUUGUACGUUCAUACAUACCUACAUCACUGGACACCCCUUCCCAAAGUUAACUCAUUGGAUAAGUGAUAAAUAUAUAAUAUUCGCGAAAUUAAAUAAAAAAGUUGAAAAUACUUAUAAAAUGUGAAUUUAAACGAUAUAAUUUUAAAAAAAAUUGUUAUAAUCAAUUCCCAACGUUAUUAAUUACUGAAUCAAAAUAUUAUGUAUGUUUAUUGAAAAAAUCGACGUGGUAAAUUUCUGAAAAAUUAUUGCAUUUUUCCCAUUCUGGGCAAGGCACUAAAAUUUGUCAAACACACAAAAAUUUUGUUGGCAUCAAUUGAUAACAUUACGUAUUCGUGUUGGUAUUAAAUUUGAGAAUCACUUCGUAUUCUUGUCGGCAUCAUGAACAGCAACAGGUACAGUUAUCCUGUUGCUACUCUGUAUAUAAUCCGAAAUCGAAAAGUCAUUGUAAAUCUGCGUUAAAUUAGGUUAACAUUUUGAUAGUAGAUUAUUUUAUACACUUGUUUUAUUUUUAAUUAUGAAUAUAUUAAUUUAGUAUAGCGAAUAAGAUUAUUAGUUUAUUAUGAAGUGUGUUUUUUUUUCUCUCGGAAAACCCAUUUCCGGUUAAGGAAAUGUUCCGAUUUAUUUCACGCAGUACCUCAAAAAUUGCGGCCAGUGGUACUUUAUUUGAAAAAUGUACCGACCAUUUCAGCUGUUCAUCCCCUUGAGCUUUUUCGUUUUUUGCAGGAUUUCCGAGGGCAACAAAGGAAUAAAGCACGAUUUAUACUAUUCCGCUAAAAAUCGUUUUUCGUUUGUCGUUACAUAUAUGUACUGUGUAUUAACUAAAUUACUCCGUAUAAUAUCCUAUGCGUCGUUAAAGUCGCCACAAUACGGCCUGCGGCCAAUCGCGAAUUCGCUAUUUUCACUUUUCGGAUUUUUAUGCCGUCUUUGUCGUAUAUUAUGUGCAUCAUCACACGUCACAUCACGCGAGAUGUCAUAACGAUUAAACUUAUAAACGCCCCGGAGGGUCAUCGCUGCUGCUGCUGCCGCUGCUGCUGUCACAGCAGCAAUAUAAUAAUUGUCUCGGUCGAGAGAGGAUAAUAAUAAUAAUAAAUAUAUAUAUUAUAUACUAGCGUUUCGUCACCUACGUGGUUCGAAAUUAUUUUCGAUUUCGUAAUCCGGCAACGAUAAUAUUAUUAUUAUCGCCACGAUGUCCACACACACUGUGUUGCGUUUUGACGGAAUCGUUCGUUUUCCUCCGUCCUUUUGUUUUCAUUUUUUUUCAUUUCUCCGUGGAUAUCGACUUUCACGCGCGCGCGUUAUCCGAUUUAUUAUCAUUAUUAUUAUUAUUAUUAUCACACGGCGGCGUCGGAACGGUCGGCGUGCGUAGUGUAUUAUAAAUGCGUAUAAUGCCCCCUAUAUAUGUAUAUAUAUAUAUAUAUAUAUAUAUAUAUAUAUUAUGUGAAUAAAUUGUCGGCACGAGAUAUAAUUAAAAUAUUCGCCUUUGGCAAAACGCAUAGCAACCACCACACAUAAGGUCGAUUCACUCGUAUUUAUCGGUAUAGAGCCGUAUACAGAGUGAUUUAUUUAUCACGAUCCGGGCGACUAUCGAUAUGACGAGGAUUUCGAGUAAAAUCGAUUUCGGUCUGUUUCCAGCCGUUCGGUGAUCGUAUUUUAAAAAUAUUAACUCCUCAUUAGUUUUCCCUUGUCCGCACCACGAGCGCAUUAAUCCCCCUGUGCGAAUCUUACGUAAUGGGAUUACCGUUAGAAAAUACAAUUUUAACAUCCAACAGUACUCGUGUAAAGUUUGAAGAGUAGUGGUUAUAAAAUCAUAUUAAAAUAAAUCUAAAAUGAUUGCCGAUUACGAUUGAAUAACAAAAAAAAAAAAAAAACCGAAAUCAAAAGAAUCAAAUUUACUUGCUUAAAACCAUCAGAGUUAAUAAUAAUUUGUGUGAACCUAUACGGACGAACGCCAUUAAUUACAUAAAAUACGCAUGUAUAUAAUAUACAAGUUUUGCGAUUUUUUUUUUUAAUUUUAUUUCUUUACGGCCAAACUCAUCCAAGCGUGACCGCCGUGACGGCAACGGACGACAGAAAAAAACAACAACAUAAUAUUAUCAUUACUGCGAGCAUAUUAUUAUUAUUACCAUUGGCCUGGUUAGCACACGCCGGCAAACUAUAUAUGCCCUAUAUUAUUGCUUUCUUCGUUUUAUUUAAUUUUUUUUUUUGCUAUACAUUAUACAAGUCUUUCGGGCAGUAAUUAUAUUAUUAUGGUAUCGAAAGUAUACAGAAGAAAAAAAAAUGAUUAUACGAUCACUGAAGAGUAGUGGAGUGCAAUUUGUGUGGCGGUACGGCGCGCGACGUGCUAAUAAUUUACUACCACUCUUCUCCAACCUAAACUUAAAAUUGGAAUAUCUCGUCAACGGCAUAACAGAAAUCAAAAAUGUCAAUACUCGUAUUUAUUUUAACUAAUACUCAGUCUAUUUAUGGAUAUUUUAAUAUAGAUUGCCAUUUGAAAAUCAAAAGUAGGUAAUGGUUUUAACCCCAAAAAUAAGGGUGACAAAAAAAUAACAUAAAUAUAAAAUUGUAAAUCAGCUUGUUUCUUUAAUAUUCUAGAAAAUAAAUUCGGGAAAAAGUUAAUACUUUCUGAGGUUAUGUGUGUACCCAUUUAAAUGAAUCACCUGGAAAUAUAACGAUUUGAAACUCGUCUUCAAUAUCAGCUCUUUUUAGAUUCCGAGUGUAGCGAGGGAGCUUUUGGUUUUAUAAUGCAAUUUAUUUAUUUUUUUCUUUGUUCUCCGUUCUAGUCUGUGGACACGUUUUUUCCUAGAAAAAUUGUUUCAAUUUUUACGUGUAGCUCUUUUUCUAAAAAAUCAAGUUGUCUAAAUUGUACUUUAGAGGUCAUUUUUUGAUUUACACCACCAUUUUUUAAACAAAAGCACUUAAGUAGGAAAAAACGAAGGAAAAUGUAAAAUUUCAAGAUUUCAUUAUUUUAUAAAAACACGGGCGACGUUUUUUACCAGAAGAAAUGAUUAAAUCGAAAAAUCACAAAAAAAUACUUUCUUACCGUAUCAUUGCCAAAACUUUUGAGCCCCUGUUAGGCUUUUAAGAAGUUUAAAUUGUUUGCUGUUAUUCGGUUAUAAAAACACGUAGAAACUUGAAACUUGGUAAUAACACUUAUAUUAGACUAACCUAGACGUCAUAAAAUUUCCAAAAUUAUCGAAUGAUUCUUUUUUUUAAUAAGUGUUCUGAAAUUAAAUUUAAACGAAAAUCACAGAAAAAAAAAUACGGCACUUCAAGUUAUAUGUUACCAAACUGCUUUUUGAAAAGUCUUUCAACAAGCAAUGGUAAACCUAUCGUUGGUUACAGAUAAAUAAAAUAAUUUUAUGUAUUCUACCUUUCCAACUUCUCACCUACAACAGUGGCUGCUCCUAUCCCCAUAUUUAACAUUAAAUUCAACGAUUCUAAAUGUUACAAUAUAAUGUUUGAAUAAAUAAACCAAAAUCGAAUUCAUUUGAAAUCUAUAUUGGUAAUCGUUGGUUUGUAAUAAAACAACCUAUUUGUAUAUAUAAGUGUAUGUGUUUAAUAAUUAUGUACUUAAAAGCGGGUUCUUUAGUACGGAUUUAUUUCGCCGUCGACGAAUUAUUUACGACGGUUCAGUGCUUUCGAGUCUUGGUUAAAAAUCGUUUUAAUGAUUUUUACCAUUUUUGGCAGACGAUUAGCAAUUUACUCAAGUGUUAAGAACCUACACCUAUGCACGUAUAUACAAGUACGUCGGUAAUGAAAUAAUUGCGAAUUUAUAUGAUGUGUACCUACCUAUAUGCACAUGAUACAAUGCCCGUCCACUAUAAUUCCGUGGUCAAGAAGGCCAAUGUCACAUUUUUUAUAAAAUAAAGUUUUUGUCUUUUUACGGUAUAAUUGUUAUUAAUAUCAUAAGACUUUCAGUUUUUCUUUUUAGAAUACAUUUCAAUAAACGAUAUUUAGUUAAUAAGAAUGUUGAUUUUUAAGAUUUCAAUUAAAUUACUGAACAAGUACUUAUGUCCUAUACACUUAUUUGAUAGUGACAUUGCAUCAUAAAAUAUUAAAAAAAAAAAUAAAAGUUGUGGAAAUUGUCUCAAUAUAAUCUAAAACACUUGAUAUUAAUUAACUAAUUUUAAUAUCUAAAUCAAUUAGGUACCAUAUAGUUCUUGAUUUAUUUGAUUUUUCUAUAUAUAUUUUUAAAGAACUGUAGUAAUAAAUUCAUAAAUAUAAUUUUACUAGGUAUCUAUAUUACUAGGGCUAUUUCGAGUAAUGUCAUCGCUUGUUGUGCAGAUUGUGUAUGUCUUAUAGUUUCAUUAAGUAGUAUUUUUUGUAUAUAAGCGUAAAAGUAACAAUUUGUAUUUAAAAAAAAAUUUCUCCGGAGCACGUGCAUUUUUUUAAUGUAUUUUUUUUUGUCUAGACGCGUGUGCCUCGAAAACUUACAUCAUGUUGCAUUACUUGUAUUGUAUAACUAUGAAAGAAGAUAAUAUUUAUGUACAGCUAAAUGUUAACAUGCGUAAUACAUUAGCGAAGAAAUUAAGAAAUUUCGUACGAUUUUUCGUGUUUGUUUUUAACAAAACCGUGUAAAACACCUCGUCAUGUACUACAAGAUCUGACUAACCGACCUUUUUUAUUAUUAAAUAUAAAAUUAAAAAAAAAAAAAAAUACCAGUCUGUUUCACCUUGAGCAAAUUAUAAUAGUUUGCUCGAAAUUCAUCAGAUUGAUGACCACUAAAAUAGGAAGUGUUUAUAAUAUUAUUGUUCUGUGCACUGUAUAAAUGACGCAUUCUCAGCUCCUUGAAAAAGUCGUCUAUAAUAUACAGUGACAAGUGGGCAUUGAAGUGAUUAUUUUGUAAUUUCCCAUGACUAAACUACAUUGCGUGAUGAAAAUUUACACUCAUAAGUAUUUAUAUAUUAUAUAAUAUACAAGUAGGUAUAUCGUUGCGUCUUAAAUAAUGAUGUUUUUCUAGUUAUAAAAUGUAUUAAUUAAACAUGAAACGUAUAGCGAUUAGGUUAUAAGCUGACCUCCGUGUUCACUGUACAUAAUAUACAAAAUUAAUUUCAUCUGAUGGUGAAAAAAUAAGAGAAAACAGACUAUGAUAGUUUAAGCAUGUCAUGAGAAGAGAAAAAUUAGAUGCAGUAAGAAUGAUAAUGAAACUAAACGUAGAAGGAAAGAGGGGAAGAGAAAUACCGAAAAAGAAGUGGUUGAAUGUGAUUGAGAAUAUAAUACCGCGAAGACGGUCGGUGUUUGCUAGGAUGAUGUGGAAGAUCGAGUCAAAUGGAAGUUUAGGAUGAAAGAUUCGGCAGACCCUAAUAGUUGGAAUGAAGACGACGUAGAAGAUGAAUGAAUUUCACCUUUGAUUCGAUAAGAAUUUAAAAUACUCAUUAUUAUUGUAUUUACAUUUAUUUGUCGGUAUGUUAAUUUACUAAAAAAAAAAAAUUUUUCUAAUAUAUUUAUGUACCUAUGUUUAUAUAUGUUGUAAUAUAUUUUUGAUAGUUUUUUUUAUAUUGUGUAGUCUGCUGUCAAAAAGUUAUUUCGCUAUGGAUUAUGAUGGACGAUGGUUAUACUUAGGUAUUAAUAAUAAUUUGUAUGAACGGAUAUUUACUUCAUUCUAUUAUAGUUUCUUCUUUUCUACAUAGUACUAAAUAGACACUUGCGCGUAUCUAUACGAUUAUUUGGCCAGAGUAUUUUUUAAAAAUAUUUUAGUACUUAUUAGAUGAGCGCUAUAAAACAUAUUAAGCAAUUCGAAACUAUAAUAUUAUUAUGUAAUGAUUAUAAAUGUUUUAUUUAUUUAUUAGUAUAAUAUUAUAAUAUACAGGGUUCACUGCAGAUAGUCUUUUACAGCUGAAUUAACCUAUAUAUUCAAAUCGUGUCUAAUAUUUUAUCUUAUUUUUGAUUUAGUACCUAAAUUUACUUAUUUGUAAUACCUAGUACAUUUAAACUUUAACUUUAACUUAAAUAUAAUACUAUGUGAUGCGAUUUUUUCAAUAAUAUUUUAUACCUAACGAAUACUAUACAUAUAACUCGGUGAGUAAAAUAUUAAAUAUGGUUAAUGUUAAAUCAAUCGGUAUUUAAUAUAAUAAUUUUGGUAUGUUUUUGUACAUACAUUUAUUUUCGAAUUUUUUCCCAUAAUUUUUAAUUCUGUGUUAUCCGUCAAAUUUUAAUAAAAAUAAACUAGUUUCAUCUACUUGAAUGUAAGUUGAUAAAAAGAGAAAACAUGCUUUCGAAAAAAUCCUAGGUAUUUAUGAGCAUUUUUUUAUUCUUUCUAAAAAUUAAUGAAGUGAACCUCACCUGUAUAAAGAUAAUUUUGGGAGUAAUUUUUUCAGAUAGUAAAUGGUAAUAUUUUUUCGUAAAAACAUUAUAAAAUCGUAUGAAUAGCAUUUCCAGUUCUUCGUGGUCAUAUUCUCGUUAGCCCCUUUCGUUAAAUUUCCAAUAUAUUUUUUUAUUAAUAAUAAAUAUUAUAUUCACAUAAACACAUAUUCCUUAUAUUAUAUUAACUUACAGAAUAUGAGCUUGUUGAAUUCCUUGAACUUUGUCUUGCUUGUAUAAUAUUCAGAUGUUACAUAACAUACCUAUUCCUUACAAAUAAUAUUCUAUAAAACUUAAUCAUUUCUAUCGAUUUAGUGCGUAAUAAACAAACAAGACAUGCCAAAAAAGUUGUCCUUGCAAUGACUCAAAGUGCGUUUUAAAAAUCUAAAAAUUCUGAUGAGCCUGAUGAGCAAACGUAGUUACUUGGUUAUAUUUUUUUUUAUUCAAUAUACUAUUUGUAUAUUACACAUGUUAGACAACAAUUAACAUGUGAUAAUAUUCAAAUAAAUGGAUGAUUAUUUUGUAAACUAUAUAAUAAUAAAUUAUGAUAAUACCCAUUAUCAUAAUUAUAAUUAGGUAUUUGUUCUAUUCCAAAAAUGAAUUAAUUUAGUAAAUCCGUUAAAAAGUAGACCUCAAACGAAAUUAUUGUUAUUAAAGUUACGAUUCGUAUAAUUUUUGAAACAUUAUUUACAACAUUAAAUUAUUGAUUCAAUCAACAAAUCGAUAAUUAUCAAAUUAUUAGUCAGUUCAUCAGUUGGCCAGUAAAUAAACAAACAAAUAAUAAUAAUAUAGUAUCUUUGGUUCUAAAGCAGAAAGAUUUAAACCAAUUUUGUGUAGUUUUCAAUACAAACAUCAAAUACAAUUAUGAAAAUACAUGCAUUUAUGCAAUUUGAACCAUAAAAAAAGGCAAAAAAGAACUAAUAUUGCUGAUAAGUGCAUACUAUAGAUAUAAAGAGGGGGUAUAAGAGGACUUAGCCCCGAAAAUCAUUCAUAACCCUCCUAAAAUUAUUAAAAUAUAAAUAAAUACUUAUUCUAACUCCCCAAAAAUUACCCUCGAAAUUAUAGUGACCUCUAUGACUUAUUAUUGUUUCGGUACACAGGUAUAAUAGAAUAAUACAAGUAAUGAUUUUUCUUUUUUAUUCAUCACUAAAUAAUAGCCUCCCCUUUUAAAAUUUAAUCAAAUUUACAACUAUGGGUGCGCCACUGUUGUAGAUCGGAAGUUUGAAAGGGAAGAUGGAUACUCUAUGUAUCCAUAGAGUUAUUUAAUUAAUAUCUGGAAGCAACAAAAAACUAUUACUAACAAAAUAUAAUUCUGAACAAAUUCAUUACAUGUUUUUGAAUGCCAUAAUUUUGACGAAAAUCGUAACAAUUUGUUCUUAAAACUUUUAGGAAAAAAAUAUUACUACAUUACGCUUAUUUUUUUAUAACCCUUCUAACUUUUGAUUUUUUAAGGAGUUAUCAUAGUAACUGAGAAAAAUCGGUAUCAAAAUUAUCAGAAAAACGCGAAAAUAUUUACAGUAUUUAUAACAUAUGGUGUUGCAGAUUUAAUUAUUUUUAACUUUUAUAAUUUAUAUUUUCUACCAAAAAAUAAAUCUUGCUUUAGUCGAAAAUUGUCAAAAACCUUUUUUAAUGAGUGUUCGAUCUAAUUGAUUAACAAAAAAAUUGAAUUCUGAUUUUCCCUAUAUAUUACCCUAUAUAAUAUAUUAGGGAUACGAGAUAUGAUCCUUUUCUAGACAAAUGUUGAGCUAUUUAUAGGCUAUUUGUUUUAGUUUCUAUUUGACAGGUAUUAUGUGGAUGAAAUUGUUUGAGCAAACAUAAAUGCUUGACAAUUUGACACAAUGUCCAUUAUGAGAUUUAUUUAGUGAUCAAAAAACUGAUGAGCGUAAUGGAGUAGUUUUUUUAUGAGAAUCAAUGGAUCAAAAUUUGACUAAAAUCAUCAAAAUUACGGCAUUUCAAAACAUGUAUCACUGAACUUCACUCAGAAUCAUAUCUUUUUAGCAAUGGUAUACCGUUGACGUUCAUUUCCCUAGUCCUCUCAAGUCAAAAAAUUUACCUUUUUUUUUUUUACGUUACGUUUGUAAGUCGUUUUUAAAGGUUUGUAAAAAUAAAAUGUUUGUUUGUAAAGAAAACCAAAAAAAGUUAUUUGCACUAUAAUCAAUCGCUUAACAACAAUAAUUCUAAUCUAAUCGUAUAUUUAUUUGACAUGAAAUCCCUAACUUGGUUGAUUAAAUGUGAUAUUAUGCAAUAUAUUAUAUUUCUAUUUAUCGUGGAAAUUCACCUAUUUUUGUUUGUACCUUUAGGUACAGUAAAAAAUUUCUAAUAAAAAUCAUUAUUAUAAGUCAUCAUAUUAUAGUUAUUUAGUCCUCCCAAUUUUGAAAUACGAAUAAUUUUUUUUUUGGUUUUCCUUACCAACGAAAAUUGUAUUUUUACAAACGUAAUGUACAAUAAAAAAUGUAAAUUUUUUGACUUAAGGGGCUGAGGAAAUGGUCGUUUACCGGUGUUACAUAUACAAAUUAAAUAACUUUAUGUAUCAUCCCUUUUUUCUUGUAAUUUUAUAAUAUAUCAUCAAUUUGGCAAUAUUCUAAUAAUACAAUAAUAGUUUAUGAGUGCCUAUUCCCAACGUCAUCGCAUGGUACGGGUUCGGUUUACUUCCAUAAUUUAAUGAUAUAGAUGACAAUAUACUAUUAUUAUGACUCUUAUGAAACGUAUUUAUUUAUGUACUCAUGAUAUGCAUUACUUAAAACUGCGGCCGGCAAACUAGCGGUACCUAAUGGAUAAUGCAUUAUUUUGUUUUGACCCGUGAAAAUUUGUAAGCCUCAAUGGAAACAUUAAGAGAAUAAAAUUGAACGAACCAAAAUAAGUGAUUUGGUAAUUUCUUAUAAAUAUAUAUAUAUAUUAAGGUAUAGCGUCGGACAAAUACAAUUUCAAUAUUUUAAAAUAAAACCGAUAUGAACAUUGUAUACCCAUUAAUAUGGUAAUAUUUUGUUAAUCUUGACAUUUUCAAUAGUAAUAUUUAUCGAUGAUGUUAUAAUAUACAAGAACCUAUACGUAUACCUGUACAAAUCGGUUUUAUAAAUAAUUAAUAGGAAUUUAUUAGAAUAUAAUAUAUGACCCUUGGUGGAAAAUUGGCUCUCGAGGGUAAAAAGGUCAGGUUUAAAAUAUCGUUUUAGCCUAAUAUUAUUAUUAUAACGUAUACGUAGGUGUAUAAUUUCAAAAAUCAAAUUAAUUUCGAUUCGCUGCAGCAGAAUAAUUUAACGGGUUUCAACACCUGUAUAGCAUUUAUCACUAAUAUAAUUAUUAUUAUAUUAUGCGUAUUGAAAAACAGAAUAUUUUUUUUUAUUCUGCUCAAUUAUCACAGGUUUUUUUUUAUGUUUUAUGGUUUAGAACUCGAUUUCGGCCUCUAUAUAAUAUUAUGUUUAGUGCGCAAUAAUGUUUAAUAUUAAUAAAAUGUUUCACGCGAGACGCGAGAGCACGUAAAAAAAACCCGUACAAUAUUUACCUAUUAAACUUGAAAAAAAUAAUCUACUAUAUCAUUGCCUUUAUCUACUAUACAACAUAGUAAUGUCAUCGCCGUCGUAUACACGAAAUCUCGCACCCGAACUUGAUGACUUGAAUCUAUCGUAAAACUGUAUUAUUAUUUCGGAAAGUAUUAAUUUUUUUCGGAAUUUGGUUUAUAGUACAUUUAAGAAACAAACAGCUCUACAUUUUUACACGUAUGUUAUUUUUGGUUGAAAACUGUUUAGCGAAACCACUACUUAGGUACUUUAUGGUAUUAAGUUUGGAUCGAGAGAGAAUAGUGAAGCAUUAUUAAAACGCCGCAUCCCGUACCGCCCAUAAAUGACAUUCCACUAUAACCCUCUCCCGAUCCAAAAUUAAAAGUGGAAUAGCUCGUCAACAGAUUGACAAAAAUCAAAAAUGUCUGCACCAAAAUUUAUUUUAACUAAUAUUCCAUCUAUUAAUGGAAUUUUUAAUAUAGGUUGCCAUUUGAACAAUCAAAAGUAGGUAAUGGUUUUACCCCAAAAAAUAGGGGUGUUAAAAAAUAGCAUAAAUGUAAAAUUGUAAAGCUGCUUGGUUCUUAAAAAUUGUAUAAAACAAAUUCCGAAAUAAAUAAUUUUUAGAUAAUGAGUCUCACGAUAGAUCGAUCACCCUGUAUACCUAAACCGAUAACUUUGUUGGAUAUAUUAUAUUAUAUAUAAACUAGAUUUUAACUAAUAAUAUAAGUAAAGAGUUUGUAUGAAGUAUUUAGAAAAUACUAGGAAUCAAAUAUUUUUUUAAUCACCUCGCGUUUUUCUUAUAGUUUAUACGCAGAGUAUACUAUAUUAGGUGCCUAUACUAAUAAUAUAAUAUUGUACAGAAUUUUUAAUUUUUACAAGAAUAUUAUAGAAAGUCGUCAAUUUCACGGCACUAUUCGAUGAAGAUUCAUAAUAUUCCAUUAGUUAAUAUUUUUACGAAUGCUUUUUUGCAUAGUGUAUUUGUUCGUAUUUUGUCGACAUUGUAUAUUAUAUAAUAUUCUUCCGAAAGUUAGUAUUUAAAGGUUUUGAAGCUUAAGAAUUCCAUUGGACCUGGUCAUUUUGGGAAAAUCCAAUAAAAGGCUGAAACAGAGUGACUAUAAAUUACGCGUCUUAGUGUCCUGUUGGAAACGUUCGAAUUAUCGCAACGUAGCGACAGAACUAUGGCGAUGGCACUGUUGCCAACAGGUUGUUCUUUUAUUAUAGGUACCUAAUAGUAUCCCAUGUUAAUACAACAUUUAACAAGUUAGGAAACCACACUCUGCGGUUUCUAAACGUAUAUUAAACAAUAAACUAUAAUUUCAUUUACAAUUUUAAAAGAAUUCGAUAACCUGGAACAUUAUGUUUAAAAUAAUGUGUAGAAAUUUAAAUAAAUACAAUUUCUUAAUUUAUAAAUGGUUGGAUAUUUUUAAAAUUCUCAAAGUAUCCAUGCUUAGAUUUUGGUACCUAUUUUUAACAUUGACUAGCAAGAAUUUAUAAUUAAAUAAAUAAUAUUAUGAAUAACAUAGAUCUCGUUGUUAACCAAAUCAACAACCGUAACUAUACAUACUAUAGUAACUAAUAGUACGGACGGAUGGACACAACAGAGAUACAAAGUGUUUUAAACUUGUAUCUAGAAACCUAAAAGUAAUUUAGAGAUAUUUUUGAUUCUCUUCCCCCCACCCCGAAAAUCCCCGACACACAAAUAAUGCUACGUAGAAAAAAAUUCUUUGAUAUUUUUUAAGGAACUAAUAGAAAAUAUAAAAAAAAAUGUUGAUUGUUAUGACAUUUCAUUGUCACUUCUUUAUUAUUUUGUUAUUCGCUUAUUUAUUUUUUCAAAAAUAAAUUUAACAAAUUAAUCGAUAAAUGUACGUGUAUAUUCAAUCAACUCAUAAAAAUUCACCCGCUCGGUCUUCUGCAAGUACUAAUUGUAAUAAUUCUUCAGAGCUACUCAAUGGAGCCUCUGAUAAAGGGAACACAUUUUCUUGUACGGAGGGAGCUGAAAAUUAAUUUCAAAGGUAUAUUGUGUAUGUUAAUUUUAAAACAUGUGUAUGGAUUUUUUUGACGAAUGCCUAUCGGGAAUUUUGUUUUCACCUUAAAGAUUUUUACACUUCAAAUAACUUGUUUAUACAAAUAAAUCAAAUUUUGUUUAUUAAAUGAAUAUAGGUAGAUAAUAAUUAAUUCAAAAACACACGUUCAAGGAUAGAAAAAAUCGUUAAAAUCUUAUAAUUAUUAUUAAAAUAUAUAAAAUAAAAUAAACGAUUUACAAGAUCUCAAGGAUAGAUGUCAUUUAAGCGAUCAUUUAUCUUUGAACAUUUAAAAUUUGUUUGCGCUUUUUUUUAUUGAAUUUGAAUAAUUAACUUUAACUUAUAUAUAUAUUUAUUUAUUAUUAUUAUUAUUUUUUUUUACUUAUUAGAGUUUAGCUAAUUUACCUUUUUUGAUCUGAUAUUAAUAAUGUUUAUACCGUGUUAACAAUACAUAUUGUAUAGGUAACCCACAAAAUAUUGCCUUUUAUACAAUUAAUUAUAAAAUCAUCGAAAAUAUAACUAAUCAAGGUCUCAAUUUCAAAUGUGACCUAGGUACGUAAAAUGCAACGUGCUUUUAAAAUAAUUUUAUUUAUAUAUAGUUACUUGUUUUCAAGAUUUGUAAAAAAUAAAAUUAUUAACAAAAACUAAACCUAUAUGUAUGUGUUCAUUGUUCAUGUGUCAUUGAUCAGAGUAUUUGUAAUUUAUAAAAUAUUAACCGUAUCGAUAUUCUUACCUAACUGUAGAAUAAUUUACAAAAUAAAAAUUUACUUUAAAGUUUUCAAAAAUAUAAUAGUAUAUAUAGUUUAAAAUUAUAAGAUAGAUAGGUAGGUCUUGGAACUAACCGUUUGUGUAGCUAUCUACCUAACGGUUAAAUUUUAACCUACGUACUUAAACUUAAUAGUAAUUUAUGAAAUUUUUUUUUCCGCAAAAUAACAAUAUUCAUAUUUCUUAACUAUUCCCAGUUUGUGGGUUAAUGUUACAAUAUUAUAUUAGUUCUGGAGAAAACUGACGGUUUUCUAAUAUAUUUGUGUAUCAUAAUAAUAUGCAUUUGUAUUUACUUUAAAUAAUAAUUUUACAAAAACAAUAUAAAACAACUAAUUAGGAAUUAGGUUAAAUGAUGGCCCUCAGGGCCGUAGCAAGGUUCGGUAUAAUAAGGAUCUAUAGGAUUCAGCGGUAGCUUUACGGUUCAGUGAUUUUGUGACCUACUGUAGAAUUUUGGAACGCGCGCUUUCGCUUUUUUUUUUUCGAGGUCUCCCGGAAAACCAUACGUUGUAUAACAAAUUUUAUAUCGGGCAUACGAUAUUGUCGCUCUAUUUUAAUUACUAACAAUUAGCAUUAUUAAUUUUCCAAAACUGUAUUGUUUAUUUGUUUAUUAUUAUUAUUAUUAUUAUUAUUAUUACCUAUAUAGUAUCAAUAUUGGGCUCCAGUUGGCAUGUGGCCGAGACCGUGAUCACGAGCACUUACCGGGCCCUUUCCAGGGAACUGAUCACCGCGGAACUCGGGGCUUACGUCGGACUGGGUCACAUAAAUAUAACCCUUCAUGGUAAAUAUAAUAUUUCGCUGUCGGUUAAAAUUUUAAACACGUAAUUUGUACAGCUUUGCCGAGCGAUAACGCCUCAGUGCCACUGGAAGACAUCAGUUUCAACGAACGUUUCUCUUGGCUGGGCGCUCACGAGAUGGGCGAAAGUUACCAAGCCGCUCUAUACCGAGGUCUGCCGUUCCCCAUACUGACUGUGGCCGAAUACUUUAGUCUGGGACAAGAAGGGUUCGCUUGGGGAGGUCAAUACAGAGCCGCAGGAUAUUACGGAACCAUAUUCUUGUGGUAAACGCUUAUAAUAUUUUUACGACUCAAGGUACUGUUUGACUAGAAAUAAAAUGGCAUCGUUAUUAUAGGACGUCGUUCGUGUUGUGGUUCCUAAUGAACCUGCUGCUGAUAGUCGUACCGAGAUACGGAGCGUACACCAUGAUAGCCGUGGGAAGUUUUAUGGCUGGAGCCACCGUAGCCUACCAUUGUAUGCUGCCGUGGACUCCUCUAAUCAUACGGUUUCAAGACGACAAGUUUUUAUUGUUCAAGCUCGGCUGGUGUUUCUGGAUGACACUAUUCACUGGUUCGUUGUUACAUAAUGAAAUUGCACACUAUGGGUACUCUGGAUUGCCACAAUUCGAAAAAAUCCAGUUUUAUAGACAAAUAGGCUUCUGGACGAUUUAAAGCUUUAAUUUUAAAAUUAUGAUGUCUGGCGCCUACAAUCAAAAAUGAAAAAUGUUGAUUUUUGGCAGGCUUAUAUAAUACGUAAUAGUCUAGGUCUAUUAUUAAAGGAACGUAUCAACCAAUUCCUAAAUUAAAACCAUUAAACCUACGUAAAAUAUAAUACGCUUAUUUAAUAUUAAUAUUUUUUUGUUACUGGUAAUACAUUUAUUGUAAAAAUCCAUUCAGUAUCAUUGGAGAUACAUCGUUUUACUACUUAAAACUAUUUUAAAAGUUAAAUAUUAUAAGCUAAUAAUCAAAAUAUAAAUUUUAGUUGUUACGUUCCUUUAAUACUAGACCAUAAUUAUAUAAAUAAUAUUUACUCGUAUACUAGGCUUUUUUGAUUUUUAACUUCUUUUUUUUUCGAAUAAGACUUGAAAUUGCUUCCUUAUGGUCUUAAACUUAUCUAAACAAAAUUUGAGUCCAAAAAAAAUUUUUAGAACUUGUUCAUUGCAUAUUUAUAUUUUAAUCUUGAAUAACAUAUAGGAAAGUAACAAUACUUUCAAUUAAAUCAUAUUUACCCAUUAAGUUCAAAAGUUGCGAGGUUAUACAUAAUAUUCUCUUAAAGAUCACAAAAAAAGACUUAAGAUUCACUUGGAAUCAAAUGAAAUUUUACUAUUAUAAAAUAGCUAGUUUGUAAAUUAUGAAAAGACUUUGCUAUCGGCCCUUGAUUAUAGAUCAGCUUCAUAGACUAUAAUGAACUAAAACUUUAAGAUAACAGAAAUCUAAGAAUUUUUAUGGAUAAAAACAAAUAAGCUAUUCUUAUAACAGUAAAAUUGAACUUGAUUCCAAUGAAUCUUAUGCAUUUUCUUGUGAUCUUUAAGAAAAAACUAUGUACAACCUCGUAACUUUCAAACUUAAUGAUUAAAUUGCGAUUUAAUUGAAAGUAUUGUUACUUUCCUAUUUUAUUUAAAUGGGAAAACUAAAUAUGCGGUGAGCAAGUUCUGAACAUUUUUCGGGGGGGUAAGUUUGACCACAAGGAAGCAAUUUCCAGUCUAAAUACGAAAAAAAAAAAAACAGUUAAAAAUCAAAACAGCCUAAUAUACUUGUAUACCUCUAUACAUGCAAAAGGUUGUAAAAUAUUAGCUUACAUUUUUUUUUUCUUUACGCUUUACAGGUCUGUUGUGCAUAGCUGUGGGUAUGAUAAUAGUCAUGAUCGACUGCAUGUACCCGCACAAGUUCUCGACCAUUCUAGAGGUGGACUUUGACACACCGUACGAUCGGCAUAUUAUAAUCGAAGACAGUAUCCACCGGAAGAAGCGGGUGGGCAACAACAAGAGCUUGGAAGAGCCCGAGGGACUCGGCCGUCGGAUACUAAGGUAUUCAGAUGAUAAAAACACGAAACCCCAACAUGAUUAAUUGAUAACGUUUUGUGCUUGCGUGUUUUUUUUGUUUUUGUUUUAUUAGACGACUAUCGUCCAAGAAAGACGACGACGUAAAUAAUCACAUGAAGCUUGCAGGCACGGACAACCACGGGUUCGAGUUGGACCCACCACCCCCGAAUUCCCCGUGGAGAUUCCCGUAUAACCGACCCGCGGUACAGGGUCUAAAGUUCAACAGGAGCAUAUCGCAAGACUCGAUGACUAGCCAAUCGUCCAACAUGGCAGUCGCGUUCAACAACCGCGACAAAAUCAGGCUAUCUAUACUGAAAAAAUCGACACCGGCUCUAAGGUAACCAGAAAAAAAAACAAAACACUAUUUUACUUCGUUUUUUUCCCCUCAGUGGCCCCAGCUAAGGUAUAAUUAAUCUAUAUUAUUAUUAUAAUUAUAGACCCGCGUCCGGGCAAGUAGUAGUCGUCGACCGAUCCAAAGAAGUAUCCAUGUGGUGAUAAACUUCUGAAAAAACGAAUAAAAAAACGUGCCAAGCAAAAUGAUUAGUGAACAUUUUUUUGAAGUCUGAUCGUAGACAUAGAUAUAUACGAACGUAGAUACGAGACUCGUAUUACGAGUAUAUAUAUUAUGUGUACCAUACAUUUAGAUUAAAAAAUGACAGUCAUACGAAAUUAUACUUAAUAUACUACUGAGCUACUGUAUUAAUUGUAUAGUUUUUUUUCUAUGUGAAAACAAUAAAAUAAAAAGUUUUAAAUUCUGGAAUACUGGGUUUAAACUUAAAUUAAUUUAAUAUUUUACGUAGGUAGAUAAACCUACACGUGUAUUAUACUAUUUAUAUUUUAAUAAUAAUUGAAAUAAUCAAAAAGUAUUUAAAAAAUUAAGAUUAUUGUGUAUGUAUAUUGUAAACCAUUAUAACAUUUUUGUAAAGAUUAUUAUGUUACCUACAUUUAUUUAUUUAUUCGUAAUAUUACAAUUUAUUUUAGAUAUAAUUAUUAUGUUUUCAAUGAUAUUCAAUUGUAUUAGGUUAAUUUAUGAAUCAAAAUGUUUUCUACUGCAUAAAAUUAUAUAGGU